GGCAUAAUCACAUGCAUUUUGGUACAAUUGUGAGCUCUCAGAGCUCUGCUUAUACACGUUUAAAAACUGCAGUCCACAUUGAAUAGUGAACUUCUCUAAAUUUAGAUUUAUUGAGGCGGGUUUAAGGCUUGCAGUAAAGAUUUAGAAGUCUUGUGUGAAAUAUUUCUAUAAUAGAUGUCUAACUUCCUCACCACAGUAUGUUUUUAUUUAUUUCCACAAGUCAAUCCAAUUAACUUGUGUUAUUUAUUAUUAUUAUUAUUAUCAUUAUUUACACAUGUACAUGUUCAGUGAAUUGCUCAUAAAAUGAAUCUAUUCAGGCCAACCUUUGAUUGUGACAACAAUGUCCUCUCCGGCUCAUGUCGUCAAGCAGCUCAGUGACAGGUUAACAAAGAGAUGACUAGUCAGUUAGCAGGAGGCUGAAGUCAAAGAAGAAACUGGAUCAGACGGCAGUGGGAUUUACCGUGGCCAUUAUGGUCUCUCUGUGUGACAGCUGGCUGUUUCUCCCCCCUCUUGAUCGCCUUUCAGCGUCUUUGUCACUGCCCCUUUAAUCACACCAGCAGGACUGUUGCACAGCAAAUCAGCUGACCUGACCUGCUGGCAGACUGAAGACUGACUGAUGACAGUUUGAGCAUCUUCAGGGCUCAGGCAAAACUUUUACAAGAUGUAACCUUUCACCAUAAUCCUAAAUGCCUGUCAGGAUGUAAACUAAUGAGAAGUUAUAUUAAGUUUCCACCAGGGAGAAGUAGAUGUUUAUUGGGACACCUGACAGCUUUCCUCUAUGUAAAGAAACGUUUGGAUUUUAUAGGCUGUAUUUUCCGGUCCUUGGUUUAUCUGUUUAAGAAUAUUUCCACCAGCCUCACAGUGGAGCAAAAGAAAAAGACCGAAAACUAACUUUCCAUACUGAGAAUAAAAUAUCAUAUAUCAUAUCGUAUCGUAUUGUAUCAUAUCGUAUUGUAUCAUAUCGUAUUGUAUCAUAUCGUAUUGUUUCAUAUCCUUUUGUAUGGUAUUAUAUCAUAUUGUAUUGUAUUGCAUUGUACUGAUUAGUUUGUAUCGUAUGAUAUUGUAUUGUAUUGUUUCAUACAAAUCAUAUUGUAUCAUAUCAUAUCGCAUCAUGUUAUAUUGUAUCUUUUUGAUUCAGUCGUAUACUAUCAUAUCAUAUUGUAUUGCGUCGUAUUGUAUUGAUUCGUUCGUAUCAUAUUUUAUCGUUCUGUUUCAUUCAUAUUGUAUCGUAUCGUAUCAAAUCAUAAUGUACCAUGUUGUAUCGUAUCCUAUUGUUUCGUUCGUAUCAUAUUGUAUCAUAUUGCAUCAUAUUGUAUUGAUUCGUACACAUCGUAUCAUAUCGUAUCGUAUUGUUCGUAGCGUAUCAUGUAGUAAUGUAUUGUUUCAUUCAUAUCAUAUCAUAUUGUAUGGUAAUGUAUCAUAUUGUAUCGUAUUAUGUUGUAUCGUAUCGAAUUGUUUCGUUCAUAUCGUAACUCCUCGUACCGAUUGUUUCAUUAGUAUCAUAUCAUAUCAUGUCAUAUCGUAUUGUAUCACAUUGUAUCGUAUUGUUUUGUAUUGUAUCGUACCAUACUAUCUAACAUUGUAGGGUGCAGGAUAAAUUAACAGCAAAGAUACAAACAAAAUCUUUGCCACAGUGUCAACAGGCAGAGGUAAAAAGUGCUGGACUCCUUUUCUUGGAUUGAUAUGGGAUUUAAGAUCAGUUUGUCUCUGUUGAGGAUUUAUUACCAUUAUAAGGGGAUUUGACCAAUCAGAAUUAAGUAUUUAACAAAUCUGGGCUGUAAGUGUCUUUUGACAUGAGCUUUGGGAGCUGUUUGGUCUGGAUGAUACCACUUUUGGGAGAACACAAUAGAUCUUGCUUUGCUGUUUCUUAUACAUGCAUGGAGAAAAAAUGUUCAGUUCCACGACUAUUAAAACCAUAUGUGUUCCUCCCUUCUGUAAAUAAUCCCUCUGGAUAGAACCUAAUCUGUGCUGUGGACAAACUGCUGCAUCAGACCUCACAUGUGUACUCUUCAGCCUCCAGAGGAAUUGGCCGCCCCUCCUCUUUGCUCACUCAGCUGAGUUAAGUAAUCACCACCUCAGAGUGAUCCGACAGUGCCAACAGCGCUGUGAGAAGAUGCCACGAAUACAUGAGCCCACACACUCACCCUUCUUUAACCUUUCUCUUUUACCCUCCUCACUGUACAGAGGCUGACCGCACUGAUUCUUAAUCCGCGCGGGGGCAUGUUUUCUCCAAUUAUUUGCACUUUCACUUCGCUAUACUUAGUCAAGAGGGGGCAAGUCAUUAGCUGGGAAUAUUUACCCUACUUUCCCAGCAGCCAUGCCAUCUGCGGGCGCUCUGGUUGCAUAAGGCCUGGCAGAUAGGACACCUCCACAAAACCUGUUCUCUUUUAUCCAUUGUUUCAGUCUGUUCUGUCCAAUAUUAUCUCGCCUCUUACGAGUUCCCUCUUGUUCUUUUUGUUCACUUUCUUCAGGAUUUAUUACUUUGCAACUGUUAUACACCUCCCUCAUCCUCUCCUCCUGUCAUCCUCAACAGCUGACAGACCAGACCUUGCCCUGUGGUGACACCUCACCCACGCUGACCUGAGCCAGAUCGCUCGUCCAUGAGGAAGCCACAGAGCCAGGGCCAAGGCCAGGGUUUCAACUUCUGCCGGGAGGGGGGGAGGGGAAGAUAAGGCCGGCAAGAUGGCCCUAGUCAUCAUAAUCAUUCAUUGCCUGCUGGUCCUUCUGUCUCUCUACCUCCUCCCACCCCUCCUGCCUUUUUUGUCCUCCUCAUGUCAGGGCCACACGGCACGCGUAUCAGCUGAGCCCAGGAUGGUCAGAGUCAACGGGGUCAGGUGGCAGACGCCUGGUUAAUUCUCCUGAGGCUGCAAAGUGCUUGGGUCAGCUCUUGCAAAUGGAUAGGAAAAUGCAAAGACUGAGAAAAAAGCACACAUGCAUCAAUUUUCCAUCUCUGCAGGCUGUAAACAUAGAGUUUGAUAUUAUUAGCAAAGGCUACAUUGUUAGCAGCUUUGAUGAUGAUGAUGAUGAUGAUAGGGCAGUAGGUCUGUCAGACAAACAGAUAGAUCAGCAUUAAGGUGGAGGAAGGGAAGAUUAUAGACUCAUGACCAGAUGGAGGGAGAGAUAGCCCUAUUAUGUAGAUCCCUCCAUCCCUCAGCCUUGUCUCCUCUCCUCCCUUUGCAUCCUUUAUGCUUAUAUACCUUUACAUUAUUCAGAAGCUGAUAAUGAGAGUAACCGAACGGUGGUGGUGGUGGUGGGGGUUAAAAAACAAAAGGUCUCUGGGCGGUUUAGACAGCAGAAGGUGGGCCACAGGUGUACAAGCCUUAGACUUAUUCUUCUCUUUGACCUCUCAUUAUAACCCCCAAGUUCUCAUUCAUUAUAAUCCCAUGUCCUCGGGUGUUUGGGGAGCAGCGUGGUGUGUCUGUCUGCUGCAGUCUGCUCCCUCCACAAUCAUAUUUUGGGCUUAAAUUAUGCCAAACUUUUAAUCUGUUAUCUCUUCAUCUGUUCUCCGUCCAUCUGGGUUUCUGUCUUCUGCCCUACUUCCUAUCUCUUCUCCCCUUAUCUGCUCCUAUUUCCGAUCUCUUCUCUGAUAGAUGGCAGGUGCUUAUUGAUAACUCGAUUUUACAGCUGCUCAUCAUUCACUUGGAUGUCAUGUUUUAUGGAAAUCUCUUCCGAAAUCUGCUCUGUCAGAUCUGCAUAUCUCUCACCCCUCCUCUCGAUCUAUCUGUCUUUGUGCCUGUGAUCAGUUCAUCUAUCUAUCUGUCCACCAGCCUGUCCUGGGCGGCUUGUAGAGGACAAGUCUGGUCUGUUGUUACAGAUGAACAGGUGGGGCAGACUAACAGUCAGCACACACACACACACACACACACACACACACACACACAAGCCGCAGGGGAAGCAGGCAGUCAGGCGCUCAGACACUGGCCCAUAUGGUAGACCUCUGGAGCUGAUGCCCUUUGCGGUGCAGGGGAGGGAAGGAUGGAAGGAUGGAGGGAUGCAGGGAUGGUUCGGGGAUGCAGGAACAGGAGGAGGCGGAGGGACAUGGGGGGAGGUUGAAAUUAAUCAGCAGGCCAUCCCAACUGUCCACCGUCUUUGGGGAGUUGAGACAUGCAUAUAUGUGGCUGAUUGAAGUGGGGUGAGGGGAUGGCAGGAGGGGGUGUUGUAGUGUGUUCAUCUGUGUCAGUGUGUGUAGUGUUUGUGAUGAAUGUUCACUUAAUUUAAUUUCUAUUCAAAUAAAAAAAACUUUCUAAUAACUUUCUAAGAAUGCAUUUGUUGUCAUGUUGACCUUUGGUGGGAUGAACGUUUCAAAUUUUACUUUUUUUUUUAUAGUGGUUGAGCUAAUUGCUGAAUUGAGUGGUGAUUUUUACCAUGCAAAAUACUUCUGUCUGCUUUCAUGUAGUAGUUACCAACUUAUAUUAGUGUCUGUUUGCUGAAGCGCUCAGUGGUGGCUGAAAUUCAGAGUAUUUUGGUGAUAAUUGGACAUAAAGUGCAAAUAACUGUUGAUGUGAAUACUGCCUGAGAUGUUUCUUAAAAGCCUGGCUUCUCAUUUUAGCUGAAGGUUAAGACACAGAUAGUGAGAGCUGCUUUUGAUGUCCUGAAAAAACCUGAAAAAUCUGCCUUUCCAGAAAACGUCUGAGGAUAGCACUUGGCACCCAUUUAGCUCCUUACUUUGCUAUAGUAGCAAAAGCUAACUGUUAUAGUUGUGCCUGCUUAUAUGAUGUGACUUUCAGCUUUUCAGCUCAUUCGGAUGUUUCAGUGAGGAACAGCACAAAUAACAGUUGUCCAGAAAACACAGAGCUGUGUUUUUAAGUGUCUUUGACUUUCACUUACGACCAAAUAAACACUUACAAGCAACUUUCUGAGACAUACUGCAUCAACAAAGUGCAGAAUCUUACAAAGCUAUCAAAGGGAAAUAUGUCUGGGGAAUACAUCAACAUCUAUGUAUCAGCGUGAUAGGCCUCCUUAAAGUAAAAUGCGCCAUUUUACACCACCGCAGUGUGAUUAUUUUCCAUUAUGGCAGCAACAGGAAGCAGGGAGAAGCUAAAGCUGUGUAACUAAGAUGCUCUGAAAGGAACAAAAAUUCCUGGAUAAUUUUGGACCUUCAAUGCACCACAAUCAUGGUAAUGCUGGCAGUUAUUACCAAAAGCAAUAAUUUCUAAUGCAUUUUUUACUCUGUUUUCGAGCCCCAUUCAUAAUUUAUUUUUGUGUGUUGAUUAGCAUUCUGAGCUUGUUGGCAUCAAUUUUGUGAGCUGCAUGCAUUUUUAAAACACAAAUAAAUAUUAUUUUAUAAUGACAAACAAACAAACAAAAGGAAUAAUGUUGAAUUAGCUGGUGGUUAAGUGGAUUAAAAUCUCAACAGGGUUAGACAAGACAUAGUCUGAGUUUUGAGCUCUUUAGAUAAUUGAGAAUAACAAUAAAAAUGUCCUCCAUAUUGUCUGCUGAUAUGAUAUUAUUAUUCAGUUAUUGUUGCUGGUCAAAUCCAUCAGCGCUAAGCUAAUAAAAGAAAUGUGUCACUGUCCAAACACGCUAAGAAGGCACUUUAAAUAUGUUUCCAUAUGACCCACAACUUUUUGUACUAUAACAUCUUACUACAUCUACUCCCUCUUACAAAUGUGUUUUCUACAAGAUGACAUCUCUUCUUUUGUGCGUGAGGGGUCCUUACAAAUCCUGUUGGUCUAUUCAAUAAAGCUUUGAGAAAAAUAUGAAGGCCUGGCACUGUGAAAAAUAGGCUGGCCACCUGCCAUUCACAUCACAAAGGGACAGAGUGACAGAUGUAUAGACAGGGGGUCAGAUGGUCAAACACUUUGUCAUAAUACAAAACAUCAUUAGGUAGGAGCACUGCUUAAGUCAAGCACUGUCGUUGGAACCUCCUAUUCACGCAGCUGAGCUGGUUAUAUGUGUUGAUCUAUACAUGUGCUAAAUACUACAUCUGGGUGUUUUUUUAUCUGAACAAAGAGUUGUGUCGAAUAACAAGGAGACAUGAGUAUAAUAUUACUUUUAUGUUCACUUCUUUUUCCCUCAAACUAGAUAACCCACACUGCCCAUAUGGACUGAUCCAACAUACAAAGAGUAUCUUACAUAUUCUUCUAUGGCUUAAACUCCACAGUUAACCUUAAGAAGUGGUUUUAAGUGAACAGUUAUUGUCGUACACACAGCAAACACAAUUAUUUACCAUCAAAUAUGUCCAUCAAUUAAAAUUCCUCUGCACACAACAACAACAACAACAACAACAAACACUCUUUUCUUGUUCAUUUUCCAGCUGUAGUCACUUAGUAAAUAUGUUACUGGUUUGGUAUAGUAGGAACAUGAUGGCGCAGGAUGGCGGCCUAUGCAGAAAAGGCUGUUUCAUGACAUUAAUGAAAACAUGACAGUUUCAGUAGUCAGGUGAUAACUCAAUAAAUUAAACAUGAUUAUGAAUUUUACAUUCAGUUCCUGUCCGUUGUGCCAAAUGCUACUAAAUACCACACACUGUACUUUUUAAUACAAUCAAAAUAGUUGUGCUAAACAGACAUAAAAUUCUUUAUUAUGGGUGAUCAUUAAAUACUGUAUUAGAGGCUUUUAAAAACUAUGAUAAUACAUUACACAAUAUUGUUGAUAGUAUACCAUCUCAACCCCAACAUGUUUUUAAUUCAGCCAUUUUUAACUACUCAACUUCAUUACAGGAUUUACUGAGAUUUUUUCAUUACUAUUUUCACAUAGGGAUGCCUUUUAAGUCAAUUAAACCAGAUUUUGAGAAGACAAUGCAAUUAAUCAUAAAGGCACAACUAUUACUGGCAAAGGCAUCUAUUUUUUUUUUUAGCUUAAAUAGUUAAAAUGUGAUUCUUUCAUAAUAGUAUUUGAAAUAAAACUUGUUAAUAUACAACAGUUUUUCUCAGUCUUUAAACCCGGGAGUUAUUAGUUUUUAAAUAAUUUUCUCAAAAACUGCCCAAUUUUUUCAUGAGCUACCUACAGUCAGCCUAGGCUAGAAUGUUUGUUGUCAUUGUGAGAUAUUUAUAUAUCUAUAUUUGACAUAUGGUUGGAUACAUACAUCUAAUAACAGAAAUAAUCCUAAUCCCGGGACAGAUGUGGUGAUUUGAUGGUUUUUGAGCACAAAGUAAUUGUAUUGUUAAUCUAAUGCUUAGGAGAUUAAAACAGGACAUUUUAUUUUUAAUCUUACACAAAGUGUGGCUUGACAAGGUCAGAAGAAGAAGAAAUGGAAAAAAAAACACUAGAGAUGAUUCUGUGAUUUAUCUCAUCAUUAAUCUGGAUAAAUGCAAUAAUCCAGAUUUUGUUUUUGAAAACCUUUCAAAUUGUAUUUAAUAAAACCUUGAAAAUCUUCACCUUAUUAUCUGUACUGUAUCAAAGGGAUCCCUCUCUCCAACACCAGCUGCUUAGAACAGACUGUUUAGAAGUAAUGCAGCCAUCUGACCACUAGAGGGAGACAGAUGAUGGGGAAAAAAAGCCUCUGUUGGGCAGAACAAUCACUUCUAUUCGACUCAAUGGCUGCAAAGAGUUCAGUGAGAGAAUCUACAGCAAUGGCUGUUUACUAAAGCAAACAUUGAGCAGUCAGGAACUAAUACUGGAGUUAAAAGUAAUUCAUCUGCUUUCAUGCAAAAAAAAAAGCAUCUUUAAACAAUCUGUGGACUGAGAACAAUUUCCUGUCAAUGAUCCCAAACCUGCUUUCAUUAAGAGAACAACUGCCCACCCAGAAGAGCAGAUUUCUAAAAUUGGGUGCAGGACCUUCUCCGCUAUUUCACCUGUUGUGAAGCAGAUGCAGCACACACAUGCUGCCACACACACACAUACAUACACAGACACACACACUCCCUCGCUCACUCACUCACUCACUCGCAGCUGAAGGGCUGGCUGAUUACUUGCAGAUGCAAUAGGGCAUAAAAAAUGUGGACUGCUUCAUCAGCUUGUUUCAGUGACUCACGCAUGUUCUUAAUGUCUACUCGGGGCAAUUAAGUGCACCUCUGCUGACUCACCAGGACAGUGAAAUACUUAUCCAUGUUGAGCUGGAGUCAAGGCCAAGACGAAAAGGCUUGGUCAUAGGAUAUUACUGCAGAAAUCUUGUGAUGAAUAAGCUUGAGACUGUAUUUAGGCAGCUUUUACAGUAUUUUCAAUGCUUUUUGAAAUGCAAGUUAGUGAAGAAAAACUGUAAUACGACACAAGAUUUGCAUAUGUGACAGAAUAAUUAUAGACAGAUAAUAGUUAUAGUUGAAACUUUUGAAAUAUCAUGAUGAAACUUGGAGGAAAUUUUGGAAAUAGAUCAGAAAAAUAUAAAAGGGAUUUAUUCAAAAGCGACAUUUGGGACUGAAUAAGUAAAAAUGUGAUCAGAAUUAACACAUUCCACCUGUCAGCAAAAGUGAUUUUCUUUCUUUCCUUUCUGAAAAGGCUCCAAACCAUGAGCACCCCUCAAAUGUAGCCCAGCUCUGGAAUCAAUAUGCCCACUGUAACAUUCAUAAUAAUACACUAUCCAUUACAUAUUUAAAGACAAGCACCAAUUUUCUCGGCAUAUACUUAUAUUUUUUUGUCCUCGCCUAAGUCCAAAGGAAUUCCCAGCCCGGCACAUCAAGUCCUCUCUGGUUUUGGUCUGUGGCCAGUAUUGAUUGCUCUUUGUCAGUGCUCACACACUGUGCUGCCAACUCAUUUAGUGCCUACUGGAGGGACGCUUUGGGCUAACCACUCUUAGGAGAGCAUCAGGCUUAUCCAACUUCUACCUUUUAUAUGAUUUUUGCUGGUUAUUGAUCGAAGGGUUUGUUUUCUACAAGCAGUUUAACUAACCAGAACCGGCCCAAGGCAUAAGCGAACUAAGUGCCUGCCUAGGGCCCCACAGCCAGUAGGGGGCCCCCCAAGAGCAAUAAAAAAUGUAUACACUUUAAUUUUUUGCAUGUCAAAUGUAUAUUAUUGUAAAAAUAAAAUAAAAUAAAGUAAAAUAGAAACAUUUUAGUGCUGCUGAUGUAGGCCUAUGAUUCUUACUGCCAAUAUGUCAAAGCUCCGCUACCAUAAUGUGCCAUCUGCUGUGCAAUGUGCACUGAGCAUCCAAAAUGCAGGAAGUUGUGGGGGCAAAACAAUGUUGCAAAAAAAGACAUAUCCUUCAGGAGCAGAGGAAAGAAAGAGAAAGAAAGAGGAAGAAGAGAGAAGAGGCCAAGAUAAAAGAGAUCUGUAAAGGUGUGUGAAUGAUCAACAAUCAAUAUUAUUGGCAAAAAUAGAAUCAAAUUUUUGCGUAGGGCUCCAUUGAGGCUGUCUGUCUGUUGUUACUCCAGCUCCACUCAUCAUAGAAGGCAAGGACUCAAUAUCAAACAUACCCUAAUGUCAGGCAAACCUUAUGCACUUUUUUUGUUAUAGCCUAAUGCCUUACAUUAGGACUGUGACCCUCCCUCUUACCAUUCAUUGGGAGUAAGUUCAAAGAUUCAAGCAACAUGGUUAAAAUAGUUUUCUUUACUCCACACCACAUCCCAGUAAGCACAUUUUGUAUCUCAAGAGUUCAAACUGAAGACGAUUUGAGGAUUUCAUGCCUGAUAUAUUCAGCUCUAUCCACUGGAAAGGCAAAGCAGUGGACCAUCUCUGGCUCGGGCAGCACUAUUGAUUUUGUUUUCUUCAUGACAUGAACGUCUGUAUAUAUCAGUGCAGUGAUUUUGUGUCUGUUGGGCACAUUGCAAAUGAGAUGUGUGAUCUAAGCCCGGGUGGCUCAAUGCACUUUAAAUAAAUAAAUAAGUGAAUGAAUCAAAACUUAAUUAUGUGUGACUCAGGCGCACACAGUUCAUUAAUGGGGGAACUUGACAAGAAGCUCUUUGAACUUUGAGUGUCUGUGUCAACACCGUUGCUAAUCGUAUCACCCUCAAUUAACUCGACUUCUUACUAGUGGGUAAACCUCUUUAGAGGCGGACAAAGUAGGAGAGAGAGAGGGAAGAGUGUGUGUGUGUAGGACCGUGUGUGUGUGCCCCCUACCCCAUCCCUCCACCCCUAUCUCUUUACAGGACUGCCAGCCAGUCUAGAGUUAUUCCAGGAAUGCGUUGAACAUGGCUGCCGCGAUGAAGGCACAGAAAACGGGACUGCUGGAACUUCGAGUGACCGUGGACCGUUGGAUUCGGGUGUUGGCCACGCUCACCGAAGACACGCUCACGGUAAACCCCGGAGAGUCUGCAGAGGAACCCGCGAAGCCCAACCCGACUCCCGCCGGUGCUAUCAACGGAGACCCCCCGAACCUCAGCACUUCCCCGGUCCCGGAAACCAUCACCAACGUGAAGCGCACCGUACGAGUUACCAAGCAAGAUGUUGGAGGACUUGGAAUCAGUAUUAAAGGUAAGAAAAUGUUUGGGAAAAAACCGCGAACUUUGUGAAAGACGAGUCUACUGUAGCUGACCCAAGUUUUGUCCAAGUAGCGACGGAGUUUGAGUUCAGUUUCUGUCAACUACAGCGACAACAGAACCGUCGCUUUGUCAGUUCGGAGAGCUAACUUCAAACUGACCGUUACGUCCUUCAAAAGUACGAUGUUCUUCCCUACAUGUUUAGCCUUUUAACCCAAAACCUCAGUUACAUAUUUCACGUCGUGUUGCUUAAACAGAGGGGGAGAAAAGUGACAGCUGUGAUUACCCCAAGCUGUGUCUUACCUCGACGGGGAACCAUUUCGACGUCCCACAGUCCCUCACUGGAGUUUGGCAAACGGUGACUGUCGUGUUCCAUCGAGCUAAGUUAGCCGUUAUUUGACAAUGCUAAUCCACGGCGAAGCGUAAACCGUCUCUACUCAACUUAUUGAAUCAGUGAGCGGUAAAAAAGGAAAACACAUGUUUGAUUCUUGGCAAAAAUAAGUCUUCUUACACACUGUCACUUUUUACUUGACAACAACCACUGUCACAAUCAUCACCAUUGUGUUUCCUCUGUUUUGGGCUGUUUAUAGUGCCUUCUUUAUUUCCAGCACUGACACUCCUGACUUUUCUGCCCCAGUUAGUCAAUCUUCUGCCCCACUCUAAUCAUUCACUGCUGUCAUAUUUUGAGAGCAGUCUGUAUCCACAGUACAUACUGUAUCCAUACUGUUCAACAUCUGUGUUGCAUAACUAUUUUAAACUGUUGUCACAUGCCCUGCACAUUGUAGUCCACUUUGUUCUUUGAUACCUUUUCUGCCUUAUCUUCACUUUUCAUUACCUACUUUUAUCCUUUAUACAUUUGCAUAAUGUUGCGAGAAGCCAUGUAGUUUUUAGUUAAGUUAGUUUGGCAUACCAAAAUAAUGUAAGUCCAGUCUUUAACAUCAGAACCCUCUGGCGUAAAUGUACCCAUACGAUUUUUUUCUGCUGUAGCUGACCCAAGUUUUGUCCAAGUAGCAACAGAGUUUGAGUUCAAUUUCUGUCAACUACAGCGACAACGUAACCGUCGCUUUGUCGGUUUUGGGAGCUAACUUCAAACUGACUUCAAACUGUGUUUAGAUCAGUUAGUUUGGCAUACCAAAAUAAUAUUUAUGUCCUGUCUAUAACAUCAGAACCUGCACCGAUACGCGUGUUGACUCUUCUUUUCCUUGGUGUUUUUUUCUGCUGUAGCUGACCCAAGUUUUGUCCAACUAGCGUCAGAGUUUUGAGUUCAGUUUCUGUCAACUACAGCGACAAUGUAACCGUCGCUUUGUCAGUUCAGAGAGCUAACUUCAAACUGACCGUUGCGUCCUUCAAAAGUAUUAAGUUUCCCCCUUACAUGUGUAGCUCUCUAACCCAAAUCCUUAGUUAUAUUUCACGUCGUGAAGCCAUCUGUACACAUUGAGUGUUUAGAUGAGUUAGCCUGGCAUACAAAAAUAAUAUUUAAGUCCUGUCUAUAACAUCAGAACCCUCUGGCAUAAAUGCACCGAUAUGUUUGUUUACUCUCCUUUUCCUUGGUGAUUUUUUCUCUCAAGACCACAACUUUUUUUCUCAUAAUAUCAGGAUAACAAAGGUAAUACUUGUUUUUCCCUGAGUCAUACAUCUGAGAUGUGGAUGCAAGCCUGCAAAAGGGUUCUGUGCAAUAUUAUCAAUUUGCAAAGUCGGAGGAUAAUGUCAAAAAGAGAAAAGCCUACUUUAGAGCAUAUCAUCUGAAAGCAACAGUUCCACUUGUGGUAACUUAAAAAGUGUCUCUAAAACCUCUCUAUGAGAAAAGGUCCCAACCUCCAUGCUUUUUACAAGCCAGGCUUACAUACCUGUGCUGUGUACUGUGCAACAGCUUACAAAGGCCCCCUUCCUUGUUCUGUUUCCACGACCUGCAGCAACAGGCUGUUAUCUCAGAGGAGAUCUCAAUGUAAAGUUAUCUUAGCAGCUUGAGGCUACAUACAAAGUAUAAUGUGGAGCCCUUACACUGCAGCUACUCCUGGCAAUAUUUGUUUCGGCUUUCUGUUGGUGACAGCUUCAUUUAUUAUUCAUUUAGCUCAAAAUUAAUAGACUUUUUCUUUCAGCUCGAGAUUCUCAAGCCCCCCAAAUUUCUUCCUCUUUUCACGGUUUACUACAAGCUUAGUGAGAAACAUUUUUAAACAGUCAUGAGUCAUUAUGAUGUCCCUGUUGCUCACAUUAGAGUUCAGUCUUUCUUGCUUAGAAUUUACCUGUAUGUACUGCUUCCCUCCUGCUGUCAAUGUGAUUUGUAUAUGAAAGGCCUUGCAUGUUAUAAUUGUGUUUACAUACCUGCAUUUGUCUGAGUCAUAGCCUCCACCUCCGCAUAGGUCUAAACCUGAUGUAUUGACAGGAACACACUUGGCCCUUGGCUGAUGCACAGGGUCAAUUUGAUGGACAGCUGUGGACUUGAACCAUCAUAGUCACAUGGCAAAGAUUGUUUGUCAUAGCCGCUGCCGGUUAAAUGCUAAUUUCAGUUCCCCCGCAGCUGCCAACAACAACAACUACAACAACGUCAACAAAAAGCCAGCCCCUAAUGACAUAAAUGUAAAGUCCAUCUCUGCAAAAAUGGGUGGCUUUGAAAAUCAGACAGCAUGUUAUUAAAACAAAAUCACUGCUGGCACCCUGCUGGCAUGCCAUUGUUGUGAUGCUGGUUGUUCAAAGGCAGCAACGAUGAAGAGAAGGGAAAAAGAAGGGUGUAGCAGAGGGACAAAAAGGGAAAAGCAAAGGCGCUAAGAGUAAGUCAGAUGAAAUGGGACACAGAACAUGCAGAGGAGGUCAAGCGAGUAGACAGGGUGGAGAAAGUGAGCAUGAGAGACAGCUAGAAAGACAAGGACAGAGUAGAGAACAGUCAAGUGUCAAGAAAGAAACAGGCUGAAACACAUGAAAUAACAGGGCAAAAGUCGUCGUGAGGCUGUUUGACACCGCAUUGUGAACAGCUGAGAGGAGCAGCCUGCGGCAGGCAGUUGUCACAAGCCAAAGAUGAAAGCUAUGUGGCUAGGGCUAGUGUUAAUUUUAGGGAGCCCACCCCAGCUAGCGGGGAAGCAUGGAGGCAGUCAACCUUUACUCUCACUCUGCUAAAUUUAAGAGGAGAGGCUAGGAAGUAAGGCUCCAGGUCCCUAGACAGGCCCACUUGACAGAAUAGAAGAAGAAAAGGCUUCUUUUGUGAGCCUCUUAGGUGUGGAGUUGGUGGGUUUUCACCACAAUAAAAGCUGCUGUGACUGUGAGUCUGACAUCAGAUAAUUGGGUAGCUGUAUCAUAAAAGAAAGUAUUUGGAUAUAAUUGCUCCCUGUUCAGAGUUAAAACUGAGGUAUCAUGUUUUAUCUUACUGAGGUAGGACUUUUUGUAAUGAGAAAUUAAUGCUAGGUUCGGGGAAACUAUCAAAGCGGGUCCUCUUAAUAAUCCCUCUAAAUAUGCACAUUAGGAAUAUUUACGUCAGUUUACAAUCCAGCUGUAGUUUUAUGUUGCUAACUGUUUUAAGAAGACGCUAAUGUCUUCUGCUUGGACGAUUGUUUUCUAAGUUUUGUGUAAGUUUCUUCCUGUUGUUCUUGAAUCACUAAAGCGCUUACUCGACUGAAUUCUUUUAAAGGAACAUUAUCACAACAAACACCUUGUUGUACAAAAUUACCUAAUUAGGUACGUGUCAGUGUUGUAUAAACCUGUACCAUUCAUUUACCUGUCAUGGGCACCCCCAGUGGCUGCACCCUACCUUCACCUCCAGCAGCCUCCUGUCAGCUGAGUGACAGGCUGCCAGCUGGAGGGUGCUGAACUGUGUUUGACAUGAAAAGUUGGGGGGAGGGGGGGAAUAUCGGGGGUUUUGCAGAAGUGUUGGACAUAUUGACAGGGAUUUAACCUCCAUAUUGUUGAGGAUGUUUAUUCAGGACUUUCAGGACCAGGCUUUUUAGGUCUUCAUGGUCUUCAUCUCUUAUUAAUGGCUACUGUCAGGUGCUGAAUUUUUAUGUAUCCAAGUAAUUGAAAAUGGUAAACAGACUUAAUCUACUUUCUGGUCAUUUAACCUCUAAAAGUUCUUUUGUACUUCAUGUCAAAGUCACCCAUUCAUACCAGGGUUGGGGGAUGAAUUAGAAUGAUUAAUUAGAAUUUGGGCUUCAGGACGGUAAAAAAAAAACAAACACCUAGAUUUUUCCCUCAGUGUCUCCCGUUGCUACCCUUCAGUUCACACCCUCUUCCCUCAUUCACUUCCCUUAGACACAGACACACAGAAACAGCGUGGCCAAAGAAAGGCACAGUCUGUUCAGCUUUCUGGAACUGGUUCGGAUUCACAGCGUCAGAUCUCAAACUCAGUCCACUACAUAGUUUGUCCAAAGGCUGCAACACAAUCAAUUUAUUUCAACCAAACAAAAGCAUGAAGUUGAGUGGGAGAUAUAUGUCUCACUAUGUAAUGCACAAGACCGCUACAGCCCACGAACACCUACGCUGAGAAUAUAUUCCCGCCAAAAAGCAGCCAACUUUAGUGGAAUUGUUUUCACAUUGCAUGGAGUACGACAAGAAAGGGACAUGAUUAAAACCUACUGUGACCGAGGAGUCUUGAUUCCCUCAACUGAUUAAACUUGACCUAGAAAAUAACCAACAGGUUUAACUUUCGAAUGAUAAGAAAAAUUAAAAGUUAAAACGGUACCUAUGUGGAGCUUUAGCCACAGCUUUAACUUGAUCGCACAAACACACCUACACAGGCAGGCAGCCACAACAACAAAAAAAAUACUUUAUAGCUGGCUGUGAUAAAUCUCAAGACGAAAACAUUCACCAAACACUACAUAUCACCAAAGAUAUGGUACCCCGUACACAAUGGAAAUGCCAAAGUUAGGUAUGUUGUAGGUAGGUGUGUUCCACCACCACUGUCAAGUCAAACAGUGCAGCUUUACAGGAUUUUCACAGUGCAUUUUAUUAACAAAAAGUGUUGUCUCCAAACAGCUCAAUUCCUGAACAAACACAGAGGUGAGCUACCAGACCAGAGGCUUAAUAAUCUAAAAAAAAACAGUUACAAUUCUGAAACAAGUUUGUUGUGAAAAAUCUGGGAUUUUAAUAUCUGUCCAUAUCACCCUCUCAUUUACCAAGAAUAAAUUUUCUCAAAUGAAUUGCUAAUAUGAAGUCAAAUCUAUGAAAAUGGAACAAUAAAAUCAACUGUUUGUCCAGUGAGGUUGGCAGAGGUGACAUCACAGAGAAGAAGAAAGUUAGUACAACAAAUAAAAGGUUUGUGAGAUGUGCUACAGGAAAAUUAAAUACUGUGUAAGACAAACGUAAAGGAAACCAAAUACUAAAUUAGCUAAACGGUUGAAAAAAUUGUCUAAAUCGCAAUAUGUGCUAUUGCAAUACUUACUCUAUUGCAAAAUGUUACAAAUUGCAAUAAUAUUGUAUCGUGGCCCAAGUAUCAUGAUGAUAUUGUAUCAUGGGGCCACUGGUGAUUCCCACCCUUAGUCUGUACUACAUUUAUGGCUGAGGAAGCUAUGAUAGGUGCCCUUCAGUAUUAAGUAAACCUCGUCACAGACGUUCAGACGGUGCUGCUCAUGCCCUUGGGGAGCAAUCUGGGCUUGUCUUGACCAAAGAUACUUGUGGACUGCGGGAAGCUGAAAUCAAACCCUUUACAUUCCAAUUGAGAGACAACUGACUUGUCCACUGAGCUACAGGCAGUUUUUCCUAAGACUGAAAUUACAGCAUAGACAGGGGGAGGUUCAGUGUAAGUGCUCCUGAUAGUCUGCCUCACAUAACCUCAGCUGUUUCGUCAUCGUAUGUAGCCUCUGCUGUGUUUGUCUGGGUGACCACCAGAGAUUUGAAAUGCACACAGUAAGUAAUAUGAUUUUCUAUGCAGAGUAUUGUACUCGCAUACCAAGCAGGGAGUCUGUGCUCCAGUUUUGACUUCUCUGAGGUGUGUAAAAUUCUAGUUUAACUUUUUUUAUUUGUUGGAACCAAUCAGCAGCUUCAAUCACAGUACCCAGCAAAGUUUUUCUCAGACAUUGAUUUUCAGUUGUCGGCCCCUGAGUGUUCAACAUUUGCUGUUGGCUUCCUAUCAAAGAGAAGACUGGGGGCCUUAUUGAUUAAACCCAGCUCUUUUAAGGUAUCCAUUUGUUCAGUUCACCCAAAUGCUUGCUCUUUCUACAGAGAUAUGAGCAAGUUUCAUAGCUUUUGAAGUCUUUACAACUCCCAUCUGUUGCCAAAACAGACAGAUGUUUUUCUUUAUGAAACACCGGUUAGCCAGCUAAUUAGCCAGUUGGCAAAAGAGCCUGUAAAGCUGUGACAACUUAGCAUUUGGCAAUCCCUAGGUAUUCUUCAGUUCCACUCUCUUAUUCACAUAUGACCGCUGCUGUACAAGUGACUCUGAAAAAUAGCAUGUCAAUCAUAGGACCUUCAAUGAUCGAUUGUCUGCUUGUCAAUCUGCUUAACACUUACGCAUCAGACAUUAGCAUUUCAGUAUUAAUGAAGCUAAAAGGUCACUGAUCAUGUUCUGAAUUUGCAAUCAGUGUUGAAACGUGCAGGACUCUUAGUCUGCCCUUCAUUCGACUUAUUAAACCAAUUAUGAAGAAGAAUCGGCCACUUUGCAUUGAUAUCUUUUGUUACUGUUGAUACUCGUGACUACUUUCUAACAUUUUGCAAGUCCAAUACUUCGCUCUAUUUUUAUGUGCAUCAGGGUUCAACUCUUUGCUACUCUACUGUCAGUGUUUCCCCUAUAGUGUAUUUGACAGGGCGCCCCUGCCAACGAGAUCCCAACCCAGAAAUCAAAACAGCCUUUAAAAUACAGUGUUUCCUCUACAUUCAUUCAGCAGCGGCGCAUCUGCCACGCCACGUAGUUCAGAGGUGCGGUAUGCCACUGAUUCUGGUAUGCCAGUUAUGCGCAGGAUGGUAUCAACAACCAGGGGUUCUGGCUCCUUUCUAUCGUGUUUUCCGCAAAAAAAACAAUACAAAAAAAAUGGUCAUGGAGCACCGAACUGUCCCCGAACAUUAAGCACCCCAAUUGAAAAUAUCUGCAGUCUUCAAAAAGACGGUAUGUAAUGCUGACGCCGCAUAUUCUCUUGUGGAUGCUAGCUUAAGCAUUUCUCACAGCCCCGAAAACAGCGCUGGCUCGUCUCCCGCCACCGUGGCGUAUGCCUACGUCAUAGUCCCCACCCCUGCCAAAGCAAAAACGCUGGGGGAAACACUGACUGUUGAUUUAGUAAACCCUUAAACAAAUGAGGGUCAUCCUGCCUGUCACUUGCAGCCUAUAAUGACUGGUUGUCUGGGGUUUGAGCUUCAAGCUCCCAAUAAAGAUGAAAGCUCUGCAGUUUGUGAGUUGCUCCAAGUACUGUUGAGCCUUUAUGCCCAGUCAUACUUUAUCUCUGAUUAGGGGUUAUAGAGCAUUGUGAUUCAGUACAGUUCAUACGGCAGAUUGGAGGCAAAGGUAACAUGAAGGUUAGAGAAGCAACUUGUGACUGAAUGGUAUUCAAAUUUAAUCCUGGAACCAGCUGGGAGGGUUUGGAUGGAGCAGUGAGCGGGACACUAGAGUCACCGAGAAACACACGAUUUCAUUGACAUUGCCAAAGUCACAAAUGUAUUGUUUUACCGUCCAUUAGAGGUGCUGUUACCUAAAAACAGAUCAACUGUUCAAUCACUUUUAAUUCAUUUUCCAUUUGGAGUAUUAGCAAAGCAGAUACAGCUCCACUGUUUUCAACUACCUACUUUAGGAAUGGCUCCAUGAACCUUUUAAGAGAUGGCGUGUCAAUCAAAGCACUUGUUCGCCAUAAUCUACUUUAUUGUUAUUUUACCUCUCAGAGGAAAACUUUCUGUUGUCAGGAAAGUAGAGGCAGAGUUUGACCUCAUCUUUCAGGCUUAACUUGUGUCUGCAGUCUCCCUGGUUCUGCCCCGGAUGUCUCCGGGUGUGUAUGGCAAAAACUCGCCAAAAAGUUCUUCUUAUAAUUUAGCUCUUUGGUGGUGGUCGGAGACUCAGCCUCUCCUUCAGCUGCAUGGUUAUUUAAUGCUACAGAAGAGGCGUAUUUCUCAGAUUGGUAUUUGAUGACAUAUAUUUAUGAUAAUACCGAUUACUCUGCAGAAGUUUCCUCUUCACCUCAGCUCCACUUUAAGAUUUCUAUCAGUGCAUCACGAUUCAGUAAGUACAGGUCAUCACCUCACGUCCAACACUCAGUCAGGCAGUAAACAACCGUCUGAUGCCAGAGAGCGGUCAAGUAGCAGGUAAAUCCCUCUUUCUAGUGGAGCCGAGUGAUUGACGUGCAGUCUGAAUGUGUCCGCUCGGCUCGGGCUCUUUUCUUUUCAGCACCAGGUUGUGUCCUCCAAAGGAAGAUCCAUGAGUUAAAUCCAAAGGAAUCAGCCAGAAGAGGUAACCUGUGGAAGAUGUAUCUUAGUUUAAUUAAAUGUAAUCCUCUUUCAGAUGGUCUCUCCCUAGCCUGAAGGUCGCAGUCCAACUACCAGCUGACACUAACGACGAUAUUUCUCAUGAAGAGUCGAGCCAACAGCAAGCAGCAGAUCCAUCAGCUUACUAGCUGGCUUUUAUGAAACGAGAGAAAAAGAGAGGCAGUGGAAGAAAGGCAAACUUUAGAAGUUCAUAAGGGCAGGGAACCACGACUGUUUGUCCUCAUAUGCUCCUAGCAUUGUCAGAUUGAAGUAGUAUGUUGCAUCAUGGAUACAGCUGGAUAUCAACUUAUAGCUUCCUGUCCAUUUUAUACAGCCAAAAAUGUGUGUUACUGAAACCAUUUUCAAGCAUGGCCUACAAGUUGUUGAGGGAUGACGUUUUUUACUGAAGGCUGUUCUUCAAUUCUGUCUCCACAUCCUGUAACUGGACAACAUCAGUAAAUACGUAUAUUUCAACAUCAAAAAGGUGAAUAUAAAGGCGGCUGUGAAUGACCAGAGGGUUUAUGUGCAUGGUUUUAGCAGGUUGCUGCUCCUUUAGCAUUGUGAUAAUCUGAUUCUGACAUUUGUGUCAGCCUAAAGCCUAAAAUUCUGAAGGGUUCAUCUGAAGUGCAUUUUCUUUUCUGUUACAUCAAACUCUUAUCAUGUGUGAAUUUGAUUCCACCGCCUACCUUUGGAUAACUUAGCAAAUAAGAACAUAAGUAAACCUUGAGUUAAAACUGACUGUUUGCGCAUUUCUGAUCCCACCUCUUUUGUAGAUUCAGAGCAACCGUUCUUGAUUAGUUAUUUGUUUUAGAAAGCAGAGUUAAUUGUUGUAUAGAAAUACUUAUGCUGCAUUCCAUUUGUUCUUGGGAGUGGAAUUUUCCGAGUUCCCAGUCAGAAAUUCAUCUAGAACACCCCCCCAACCCCCGAAGUCGGAUUUCUGUGAACACGGUACUAUGGUGUUUGUAAGAGUAAAAUACUGUUUUAUGCUUUGUUUACAACUGGUAUAGCUAACAGCGGCUGACAAUAACUAACAACAGCAGACAACUGCUAACAAUGGCUAACAGUAAGCAUCCUUAAUGGUUUUUCGACUUGUUUACUGGAACGCCGUCAACUCGGUUGUAACGUCAUUCCCAGCUCUGACAUCAGUCUUCUGAGGUAACUGGGAUGCAGCAUAACUGCACAUGUACAGGACAAAUCAGCUUCGUCCACAGGGGUCAUCAAAGUUUACACAAAGGGAAAGUUACUCACUGGAUCUUUAAGUUCCUUCUCAGACUGUACUAAGAGGAAUCUCUGAGCAGAUAUUUCUUAAAUGGAUUUAGAGAUUAGAGCUAAAAUAUCUACAAGUUACACUGCAAGUCUCAAAUAUCGACUGACACCCUUAGAGGCUUAACUUUUGUCAUAUUCUAGUCAAUGGAUACUGACACAAAGAGCAGCAGACUGUUGGAGAAAAUCUCAAAGCAACAUUUUUCUUUUCUCUUUUUUUCUUUCUUCAGGUGGGAAGGAGAACAAGAUGCCGAUCCUCAUCUCCAAGAUUUUCAAAGGCCUUGCCGCUGACCAGACUGAGGCUCUUUAUGUGGGUGAUGCCAUUUUGUCUGUCAAUGGUUAUGACUUACGGGAGGCCACACAUGAUGAGGCUGUGCAGGCGCUGAAGAAAACUGGCAAAGAAGUUAUCCUUGAAGGUAAGAUGGAUUUUAUUCUAAAAAAAAAAGUUAAACCCAGUUCUCUCUCUCUCUCCACGGCCCUUCUUUAUCAUCUGCGCUCUCUUUUUUCGUUUUCCUCCUUCGCUCAGAAGACAGUCUGCAUCGUGCCAGAAAAGAGCGAUUUAACCAUAAAUGCAACAAGUCACAGCUUUCUCUGCUGCAUGACAAAGAAGUAUCUCAUAUUUCUUUAACAACAGGAGAGAAGCAGACUUGUAUCUUUCAUGAGAAACAAGGAGCACUUCCUCCUACUCUGUCUGCACUCCACUGCUCUAAAUAGAUACAAAGACAGAAACGAUGGAAACUUCUGAUACCUUUCUAUCUGUUCAUACAUUUUUUUUUCCACCACUCAAGCUGCUCUUCGCUCGAGGGCCACGUAUGAUGAGCCGAGAGAGAGGGGAUCAGUUAAACAGGGACUUUGAUCAGACUUCUCUGGAAACAUCUAAAUAAUGAGUCAAACUGAAACCAAAGGCUGAAAACUUCCUAAUAUUGUUGUAACUCACACCUCUGAGAAUCUCGGCAUGCUAAUGAGCAGCUCUCAAACAUCAAACCGACCCGACACUGAAUGAGUCUGCUUUAGGUUCGUUUCAGAGCUGCGAAUCGUGGAGAUCUUACAGACUGACAUGAGCUGGGAAUAGGAAGGCGUGCGAUCGCGUCAGCAGGUGUUUACAUGUGUUUUUCUUUCCCCUCCUCCUCUGACUCAUUCAUACGACCCGUCAGAGCUCGUUCUCCUUAUUCUCUUGUCCUUUAUUCCGGUCAUUUACUCACCGUGUUGUUUGUGCAUUCAUGUGAGCGUUUUGCUCGCACAUUUGCCUAAAAGCAUCAGUGCUACAUCAAAUAGGAACAACCUGUUUAAUCUGCGAUGUGAUCUUCAGCUUUGAGGACAGAGGAGAAGAUUAAAAACAAUCUUUCCUCUUUGCCAACAGAUUGCAUCACACAAAUUUCUGCGUCCCACACAAAGCUGACGUCAAGUCGCUGCGUUGAAUUGGAAAUUCACUUUGCUGCGAAUGCGGAGAGCAUCAGAAGGCAAAGGUUGAUUGAUGUUCGUAUUCAAAAAGAAUAUGUUUUCAUCAGGAAGCAUCAAAAGGCCACUUUGUUCUGCUUCUCUUAUUAUCCCUCUGACUUGUCUGUAUAUUCCCAGUGUGACAAAUUUAGAGUCCAAGCAGAGGCGAACAGUUCAGCGCAGUGGUGUGAGUCGAACAGACGCUACAGACCGUAGGAGCCGUCAAUGUAUAUAUUCAGAAGAAAACCCAGAACGUCCAGAAAACUUUCCAGCGGUUUGAAAACAAACUCAGUAUGGAGAGUUCUGAGAAAAAUGGAUUAUAGCAGGUCCAAUAAACUGAAAUAAGACGAACCUAGUGAAACAUGACUGAAAGUUUCCAUUUGAGGAAAUAUGUUUAAAAAGAAACACUCAAACCAGAGUUACCAGUUUUCCAUUUGACAGCAUUUCUGUGGGUUAACUCUCACUGUGGGCCAGCGUCAGUAACUCCAGCCAGCCGAGCAGAUACAGCUCCGAGCUUCAGCCAGGGGAAAUCAUCGCAAAUCCCCCUGCCUUACUUGUCCACAGUCAGGCAGAAAAGUGUUGAUAUCAGACGGCUCAACCGGGCGCUGCUCUGUGAUCCGUCAUGUCAGGAAUCAUUUCAUGGGUUUCCCUUCUCCCCAGAGGACCUGAGAGAAGAGCGAAGAAACGAAAGGGGCCCCGAGGCUCACUGAGGGGAGAGCGUUGAAGUGUGUAUGUGUGUUCUUUUUUUGAUGUCCUGAGAUUUCCUUUGCUCGUGUUUUUGUGUGUGUGUCUGCCUGUCUGACCAGGAGACGGUCUGACCUGCAGAUUGAGGAUGCAUAUCUACGGUUGAAACGUGGAGUAUUUUUAGAAAAGAGGAAAUAAAAAACGGUCAACACUGUCGGGCUAUCAGUUUUUCUGCAGCUGUUUUUAAACCGAGAUUUUAUUCCAAGGCUAUUUUUUUUUUCGCAACAUAAAAAUACUUGUGGAUACAUUUGACAUGAAGUUCAAGUACAAUAUUUAUUUUGGUGUUGGCAGUUUAUCAAGAUACCCUGAAACACAGUCAGAAACAACCUCCCGUCUUGGCACCAGAGCAGUGUGAAAGGUCGGAGUAACAGUCUUUCUCACAUGUGCACAGCAGCAGCAACAAACAAGCCACCGCGGCUGUGCUCAAGGCAGUUUGCAUCUCUGUGAAAACUCAGAGACGGCCUUGACUGAGAUCAAGGAGAAUCUGCCUCCAUCACAUUAAAAUAUCUUGAAUUUGUGAGCAGUAAGGCUUGAAUUUGUCAGAUAAGUGCUUUCACAACGUUAAAGGAGUUUUAUUACAAGCCUGAUUGGCAUUCUGUGCUUGUGGCAUUUUUUUUUUUUUUCCUUUUAGACUCUUUUGGAAGUCAAGCGAAGAAAUAUUUUUAAUAGCCGGUAUUAAAAAGGGUUUCUGCUCACUUAGAUCGUUGCAGUUUUGAUGUUUGCAGCAGCACAUACGUAUAAGGUAUUAAUGCUGAGCACUGCCUUAUACCUUCAGCAGUUUAAUCAAAGUAAGGAACGCUCCCAAGGAUGCUCUGUGAGUUCUCUCAGUGAGCGUUUUCAUCUCAGUGGUUGUCUUAAAAGUUGAAAUGUAAGAUUAUCCUCUUGAAGUGGGGGUUUUAUAAAGGACUCAGCUGUUGCUAUUGUGUUGCAUACAGUAGAUGGAAGUCCACAGGUGCAUAGUUAGGCGAGGACAGUGGUACCAAAGCUAAACCAUGUUUCCCAGUGGAUUGGCACAGCGGCAGAAUACCACCCAAAAAGCCCUGGCUUAAAAAAUUCCCACCGUUCAAAGAUAAGGUGGGCAAUUCUGGAGCAACCAGCAAGAUUCAACUGAAUAUUAUCGCCGUUCAAACUAGGGCCUGACCGAUUUAUUGGCAAGCCGAUUAAUUUAGCCCAUUUGAGAAUAAGACUCCCGCCAUUUGAAAAGUUCCCCAACUUAUCCUGUAGAUGGCGCAGCGACCUCAUGACAAUCUUCAUCCACUAACUACCUCACAGCACAGCAGGGUGACGGAUCUGAAGCAGGCAGCUCAGGGACGCACGGAGGAGAGUGGUCCGCCUCAACGGUAAAUAAACCAGUUUGUGAAAUACACAAUAAGUCAACAAGUUUCAGUUCAACCCACUUUACCAUGUUCCCAGCUGUGCUGGUCUCGGUCACACCGUGUUAACGGUGAAGCACCAUCUAAUAUGCAAGCUAAAGUUAGAGUUAGCCACCUGCUAUUAGCCUUGCUACACUGUUAGCCGUGCCAGUAACGGUAGAAUAAACAACAGUACAAUUUACGUGAUCGAGCCACUAAGAAACAGAGGCACUGGUUGGGUGGGGGGUGUAGUUGAAAAUGCUUUUCUGGUCCGAGUUUGAUCAGUCGGUCUUCCUGUCAGCGUGAAGAGCAGUAGCCUACAGUAUAUUUACAGUAUAUAGUAUACUGUAGAUAUCUACUGUAUGCAUAUAUAUUUUAUAACUUAAUAAAAAUUUUAAAAAAUUGGCUGAUUAAUCAGUAAUCAGACCCCCCCCUAAUAAUUGGCAUCAGCCCCAAAAAAUCCAUAUUGGUCGGGCACUAGUUCAAACCUACACAAACAAGCAUCUUUUAUCAUCAUCAUCAUCAUCAUUAAAAUCAAAAAUAUACAACUAAAUCUGACAGACAAGUUGAGACAAAAUCUGCCAUUCUUUCUGCAGUGUGCCUGUUUACUUUCAGUUGCAGAAGACUCAUCUAGCAAGAAAUAAGUAGACGGGCAGAGGGACAAAAGACAGGCAGGCUGAUGUGCAGACAGGAAAAAUGAAUGAGACAGCAAGAAAGGCUUCCAGCAACAGAUUUAGUAUUUUUAAAGCAUCUUAUCUCAUGAUUUCCUUCAGUAGGGUCCAUUUAAUUUCUUAUGCUUGUUGAAAGUUGAACGGUACAGUCGCAAAUCAUAACAAAAGAUAUCAGCCUCAGAAGUUUUACAUUCAACAAAAGGAAAUAUGUUGCAUUGAAUUGGCGAGAAAGCUACCGCAGGCUGUUGUGACACAGCCCAAAUGGUUAAAAUUUAAGGCCUUAGAGGUCGCCAGUGUAAUUUCACGUGGGGGGUAGGGGGCAGCGCCACCAUUAUUUAGCUACUCGCCUGGACACACCCCUGCUGAGUCAGGGAUGGCAGGUUGUAAGUUCUUUGACAGACAUUUGGAUGCAAAUUCACUCAAGACUAAUGAGACAAAGAGCAUGUAAGUUUCUUUCCUACCCAAGUUUUAAAUACAUAUUUUUCAUUGUCCACUUGAAUUGUAGAACUUUUGAAAUAGAAUCACAAAUUACCAGAAAAACAUCAAGAUUUUUUAGCCGCUGAGGUACAAACCGGUGCACUUGAGUGAACGUUUCACAGCAGCUCUGCAGAGUCGCUCAUUCAGACUUUUGUGGCACAGCAAGCUUCAGCAGCUCAGUCAUUAGAGCUCUACAGUCUACCCUUAUGCUACGGACCACGGUGUACCAGCACUUUGACUCUUUGCCCUCGCAUAGUUUACACACCUGCAGCGUCCUAUGAGCACAUGAGCACAUACCCUCAGGCACACACGUGCUCACACACCCUGUUGUCUUGACCUGUCCUUUGUAGCCCAUUUAUCCUUCUUGUCUACUUUACACCUCGUAUAUGCACUCUCAUAUGUGUGUGUACCAUGUUACUAAGUGUGUGUUCUACCAUGUCAGACCUUGGUUGCCUGGGGAACAGCCUUAACAUUGAGUGAUCACCGCCCCCCACACUCACACACUUCCCUUGUUCCGUGGUUUCUUCAUACAGUAGUGGAAUGCACUUGGUCUUGGCUGGCUGGCAUGAUGGAUGUAUUCUCACUGAGUCCAAAUUAAAAUAGAGAGGAAACACAGUGGGGUGAUUCAGAGACCACGCUGGUCCUCAUCCAGUCUGUCUUCAGCUGCUUCAAAUGUAUGCGCACCAUUUCCUGUCCCAGUUUCUUUCAUAGCUGUUAAUAAUUUCCUUUGUAAAGCCUUUUUCUAAUUGUUUCUCGAUGUUCUCACACUGAAAUGUUCACAAAAAUGACUCUGAGGGUUUGAUUUUGAAAGCAACUCUAUGCAAAAUGAAUUCAUAGCUCUAUUCUAACAGCAUCUUGAGGUGGAAUAACAAGGUGUACCUGACUGGGGAAAUGUCAUGGUGACCUAUGCACCUCGUCUCUCCAUCCUACUCCCUUCUCCACUCACAUUUACACCCACGCAGAGAGAUGCAGCACAUCGUUCUCUAUUAAAACAAACGCACACACUCAGACAGGCAUGGACAUGACACACACACACUCUCUCACACACACCCUUAUCCAAACACACACUGUCAGGCUGUAAAUGUCGUUGGAGGAAAUGAAGGCAGCUGUGGUUUUAUAGUUUCAUCAGGUCUGUUAUAUUUAUCUGACCCUCUCAGGUGUUUACUGUUCCUCUCUCACACACACAUUGAUUAUUCCAUCACCAUUUUGAUUCGAGGUGCUACAGGUACACAGUGGCAGAGGACCAGAGGUCAUCCUCCCGGGAACAUACAGUGAGGAAGCUAAUUUUCUCCUCUAAGUAGACGGAUUGACUUUGCACAAAUUUUUUAUUUAUGAUAAUAGGUUUGAUAAGAGCAAGGAGGGGAAGUUUACACAUUGGUGCUCACAACUGGGACCUGCAGUGUUGACUUUUUGUUUGGUUGUUUGUUGCCUGAGAACUGUACACAUAGGACUGUAAAACAAAAACCUAUAGUCACAAAUCUUAACACAGGGAGACCCAUUUUCACAAGUUUCUUAACCAUUAGAAUCAUUGUAAUUGGAAAUUUUCUUAUUAAGCUGCAAAGAUUUAUUUUGUAUUAGGAUAAAGCUCCGUAAUUGUGGAAAAGGGUGUUUGUCUUGCCAGUGAGUCCAACAUUACACACACCGAAUCCAUCUGUGCUUAUUUGGGAGAGUGUGAGGGACGUCCUCUGCAGCGCUUACAGUGACACUUGUUGAGGGGCUGCCUUCUGUCGCCAUCGUGUGGCAUUGCUGUCUUCAGACAUCUCUUGAUCUCUUUGACUACUUCACGAAAAUUGUAAUACGCCUCGCCAGUGGCGGAUUUAAAGGUGAGGAGAGGAGCUGAUGUUAUUGGUCAAUACAGGUCCCGGUUGUGAUAAACCCACUCCAUGCCCUCUCUCCUCCCUCGCUAUGACUUACGCCGCUGGGAGGAUCUGAGUUAGGGAGGGGGAAUACUUAUGCCGGGCUGUGCCGCUCACCAAAAUACCAAAUUGCGUUUGGGCACGCCUUGUUGGCGCGGCAGACCUGACUUACGCCUUGCCUGCGCCACGUCUCCGGCGAAGCACGAAAAUAGAGCCCUUAAUCUUACUUUUUCAGAAUUUAGGGGUUUGUGAAGAAACAUGCUUUAGAGCCAGAGUUAGGGCUGCUCAAUUAGUCGAUUUUAAAUCGUAAUCAAAUUGUUUGAUUAUGAUGUUAAAAAAAUUAAAAUCGUCGAAUUGAUUUUCCCUUUUCUAUCUUGUCUCGCGCUUUCAGGCCACCGUAGGCUCCCCCUUCCUGUAAGAGCACUCCCCAGUUCCCACACCCACCAGUGUAAACAAACAUGGCGUUUGCAAAAGAAGGCGAUAAUUUCGUGGCUAAAUAGGACAAGAGCAAGUCAGUCAUGUGGAAUUAGCAGACCACUCCCGCUGCAAAGUCUGUCUGAAGGCAGUAUCAACCCCUCCACAUGAAUUCAGGAGUAAAGGCAAAAGCAUUUUCUCGUAUCGGCGUUUCAUCUACACAGAAACGGCGUUUCAGGUACUUUUUGAAAACGGGUCAGAGAGAGCAUAAAUCUGUAAACGAUUUCAUCCCUGUGUGGAUGUCUAUCUGCAUCUCUGAAAACGAUCAUGUGACAUACGAUUAUGUGAUUAUGUGAUUAUGUGCCCUUGUUGUGAGCUGAUUUUUGGUGCUGAACAAUGCUGCGCCUGUAAUUACCACCAACAACCAAUCAAAGUGAAGUGGGGCGGGGCUUCAGAUGUCAACGUCUCCAACGGCAAUGGCAGUCAUUUUUCUCCACUCAAUUUUUUUCAAACCCAAGCCCUUAAGGAUAUUUUUUAACUAAAUAUGAACAAUACAGUGAUUUGUUUUUCCUUUUUAAUUCUCUUAACCCCUUUAGAUUUUAACUCCAACGUCUCAAAUCCAUCUAUUGUUUAUGCUACUUGUCCCAUUAGGGUCUGCAUCGGGGUUGAAGCCGAUCCCAGCUGUUAUUAGAUGAGUGUCAAGAUCCACCCAUGUUGACUGACAACCUGACACACUCUGGCAUUUUAGAGUGACCAGUUAGCCAAGGGGACAUAUCCAGGGUUGUAAGAGGAAGCUGGUUACAACUUGCAUGCAAAGGAGAACGUGCAAACUCAGCACAGAAAGGCCUCAGCUGCCGUUCAAACCUGUGGCCUUUUUGCCUUGAGGCACCAGUACUAACCACCAGAGCUCUUUAAUACAAAGAAUUACAAGACCUAAGUACUGAACAAAUACAGACUUAAGGUAGUGCUGACACAAAACUUUUGAAACCAAGCAGCAGCAAGCACCAGUGAGUGCUCUAAAAUUGAAGUCACGACGUGAAGAAUGCUGUUAGUGAACCCAGGUCCUUCUUGAUAUCAUGUAAAAGCAGACACAAUCAAAACUGAGAACACUAAAAGGAUCAAAAGCCUUCUGAAAUAGACGAUUUUCCUCAGUGUGCCACAGGUACAGGUAUGAAAACAGCUCAGAAUUUUUGUUUUUGUUUUGUUUGAGCAUGUCUGAGUGGUCACUUUUCUAGAGAGAGCCAAAAAACUGCAAGUAAAACAAGUAAUGGAGACAAAAUAAACAUGAAAAGUGAUUCAGGGUAUUUGCAAAGAAAGAACAGGAGCUUAACGGAGAGCAGCAGGUGUUUUAUGUCUGCACUAAUUUCAGCCAAUCACUGUCUGGAAAAGUUUUAAAUCAUACAUAAUUUGCUUUAAUCCUCCCCUAGAGUCUAUUUUAGUCAGAGCAGGUUGAAAAAAUAAAAAAAAUUGUAAUUUUAAAGAAAGAAUACAGCGAUCUUUUCUUUGUCUAUACACUACGACAAAAGCACCUUGAAUUUUCAGAUUGAUAUAAAGAGAGGGAACAUUGUGUGAAUUAUUGUACCUUACACUCGGGUUCACAGUUUCUCUCUUGGCACCUAAAUCGACUGCAGCAGGAAAAGUAAGUUCCCGCUCUGCUGAAAAAGUUAGUCUUGUUUCAUACUGUUAGGUUCAUUUUGUGCUUUUUAAGGGUAUUAGCUUAAUGUCAGCCUAAAUUUUAGCAGAAUUUACUCGGAUAUCCUGGGGGACAUAAUUUUCUGUGCCUGUCUCUGCACUUGUGUGUGUUUGUGUAUGUGUGUGUGUACGUUAAAGAGAGGGAGGGGACAGAAUGAGAAAGGGCUGGUUUCCUCUGCCAAGACAUUUCUGGACACUUCUUUCUGUCCUGUCCUUUUCAUUAAGGUAGUUGUGCUCAGGCUCAGUGCGCUCACACACAUGGAUUAAGUAGGCUUAGCUGUGGAGGCUCUACAGUCGCAGUCUUCCCUCUUUCUAGAAUUUCUCUCUGCAGGGUUAGUGUCUUUGGGGACAUAUUUUUCCUGACCUGCUCGCCUGAUUUGUGUUAUCUACAUCAGACUGUUGGCUAAUGUGUAAACACGAACUAUUGAACAACCUUUUUUUUUGUUUAUGGACCCCGAUGUGCAAAGAAAAUGACUGAAAUGUUUUAGGGAUGUUGGAAAAGAAUUGACAAAUACAUCAAAAAUGGAAGUGUUGGGAUGCAGUUUGACAUCUGAGCUGAUUUGUUGACGUGAUCGUUACAUUUUCUAUCAGGCGAUGAAUCUCUGUGUGAUUAGUUUCUAUUUCCAUGUGAUUGCUCAUUGAUUCGAACCGCCUGAUCAUGCCUGUUAUGCAUGCUACAUGUCAAAUCUAAGAUCCAUUAUCUCCCGUGAUAUCGAUCGGUCCGAGGGGACACUGUGUUUGCACUUUUGACUUUUCUCUGGUAUAAAAGUGACUCCAGUGUCUCAGGAAGUGGGGAAGCAUUAAUACGGCUUAUUGAGACUGUCAGAAUAUGAACAUUCAAUAUGCAGAAGUGAGAAUGUGUUUCAGGAGUGCCUGAGGUGAGAUUAGGUUUGAAGAGGUUCAUUUGGGUCGCUGAUGAGUGUUCACUGAAGGAUGCUUCGUCAGCGUUCUCAACCAGAGCUAACCCCAAACCUAAUCUCUCUUUCUCUUCCUCUCUCCUUUCUUUUCACACUCUUUCAACUUUUGCACCUCUCUGCACAAUACUCUUAAAGUGACCAUGCUCGUUUCGCAGAUGUGCAUGCACGCAUACAGCUUGUGUGUCACAGCGGCUCAUACUUGUACGUCAAUAUCAUUCCAGUUAUUGCCGCUAGCAUGGUACAGGAAGCCCUUCGGAAAGCCAAAGACUGCAGAUUAGCAGUUUCAGUUACAUUUUGCUUUGAUGGCUAAAAACUGCAUCGCUUAUCUCCAAUCUCGCUCUACAAGGACAUGUGUGGAUGAUAUAGCCUCUCACAGGAAGAUACAUACCAUUAAGUCCUUUUGAGCAAGGCCAGCAGAGAGAUCCACUCCAGGCCUAUCUCCCCACACUGAUUCAAGUCUGGUUAAGAGAGUGAUUUAUGGAGUAUAAUGACUUAGGGGAGUAAGUUUUCAACAGCCUCAUUGAAACACAGCAGGCGGCCGGGAAGAUUGUCAGCACCAUUCAUACUUUGUAUGAAGUUCUUCUUGUUUAAGUUCAGCCAGCACACUGUGUGUCUGCUGCAAACACAAAGCGGAUCUCUGAAGAAGCACAAAAACACAAACUUUCUCUGCUAGUUUUUCAAAAGGGUUACGCUUGUCUUUUUUUGGACUGUGCCAGACAGGUAGCCAGGGAGGCUCAUGGGAUCUUAAGAAGCCGGGCUCUGAAGGUAAAGUUGCCUCAGUCAAGGAUCUGAGUCAGCUCUUCAACUCUUUGGGGGCAACUGCAUGACUUAGAUUAGGGGUGUUUCCAGGAGUCCCACUUGCUGUAUUCAUACAUGCACAAAACUCCCAAAGAAAAGUUCCUGGAGAGUUUUGAUGGACUUUUCUUUUUUUGGUCCUGAAUUUACCUGGACUUUUACUGCCAGCCUCUAUGAAGAUUGCUGCUUUAUUUCAUGUGACAGGUAUAAUCCAGGAAAAUGAGUGAAAGUCAAAGAAUUAAAGUCACUGCCAAGAUGAGAACAGCCAGGGUGCCCGCACAUCUGUCUUUUGGCAGAAAUCAUGAAAGCAAAAAUCAUAGCAUAGGACUUUGUUGCAUUGUUCCGUAAUUCUGUCAACUUUACUGUACACAUGGUACAUUUACAUCCACAACUGGGUCCAUCCAUAGACCACAUAUAGGAUGGACGCCACCUGCCUCCUUGCUGGGUGACUCACUGUAAAACACAAUAUAACUGAAUGGUAUUUACUUGAAAACAUCUAAACAACAUGGGCUUUCUAACAGGGAUUCUGCCAUGUCUCUUACAACAAAACGUCAAAGAGACUCCCAGAACUCCCAGAUGCAGUAGCUUAUUGUAUUGCACAAGACAUGCCACCAAUAAGCACUGUUGAAUUUCAUUUUUUAUACUGUGAUCUAUAACGAUAUCGACUGAUAUGAAAAAAAAUAUAUCGUGAUAAACUUUUUCCCAUAUUGCCCAGCCCUAGUAUAUACAGUCUAUGGUCUAUCCUCUUCUAUGCUUCUUCAUGUGAACCAUGCUGUUUAACAUGGUUAACAGCUCUAUCAUUACAUAGUCUGACUCCCUAUGGUUGUUCCUGUCUGACACAGCUUGCACCAAAGUUUUUAUCCAGCCCUUCUCACACAUCCUGACUUUCAAUAAACUUAGUUGACCGUCGCUGUUGUGUCGUCUAAAGGACGGUUGUGUCAAAAAGCUGUUGUCUGCAUCACUAGAGCCCUGUGUUUUUUUCCCCCUCUCCUCUGAGUCGGACCUACAGGAUUAGUACAUUUCAUUCUGUCCCUGAACAUCGCUUGGAUAGCUUGUCAUGCUGGAUUGCUACAGUCACUUGUGUGUCCUUUGCCACGGGGGCUCAGUCUGCUGUCUUUGCUUGCUUUGCUGACUUUUCCUGCAACCUAAUGAAAUGAGUUUUUAAAAAAUGGCAAAAAAAAAAAAAAUAGCCAUGUUUUUUUUUUUUCAGCACAAAUGGCCUGUCAGUCGUAGAAGAGGAGCGUCCAUAAGACAUUGUCACAGCAAUAUCUGUUGCAGAUGAAAGCACUUCUUUCAAAAGUAGAUGGGCAAUCUUCAGCCUUUGAUUGGACGUGCUUUUAAAUUUUCUGUCUGCUCCGUCUUGAUUCAAUCUGCCUGUCAGUCUAAUUGCCUGCUGAGAAUUGUAUCUGCAUAUACCAAAUUAAAUCAAACAUGGAUGUUUGACUGAUGUCCGUGCACAGCAAAUACGCACAUGGCACAUUUGAGAAGGUUAUCAAGAUCAAGGUGGCUCAAAAUUCAAAGACAUGAAUGCUUCUGAGCGCUCUCAGGUGUAGCGUUGAGUUAGCCGUCAUUUAAAGGAAACAAGGUGACGUUAAAAACUACCUUCACUAACCUGGACUUUUACCAGUGACAUGUGUAGUACUUCAUCUUCUAAUUAAAACUUUCUGCCCCGUGCUCCUGUGACAGUAUAAUUACUCCUUUAAAAAAUAAAGCCUGACUGAACCCCUCAGACAACUCCUCCACUUCCCUACAAAGCUGCGUCUCCUCUGGUCUAAUAGUUUUGAUUAAAAAGACGUUUUCACAAGGGACUUUUUUUAUCUACAAAGAGAUAAAGAAUCCUUUUUAAUUUCAGAUGUAUCAUUUUGGAGAUAGCGCCAUGUUUUGCAAAACACUUCAGUGAAGAGAGGAGAUCUAAUAGGUCUGAAAUAGAGUAAAGGCAACAGGAUGAAGUUUAAUUGAACUUUUUGGCUCUUUUGACGGAGUUUUUCAGUUAACCUUCUCUGACCCAGGGUGAAAAACUGCUGCUGUUUUAUCUUCUUAUAUAAAAUAAAAGUUAUCUUUACAUUUUCAGUCGACAGCCGCUGAUGGACAGAAGCCACUUGGUGAAACAGAAGAAAUUCUAAUUAAACAGUUUGGAGUUACAGUACAGUAUGUUUUACUUUAUUCUGUCUCAUACAGGCCUCGUAAAGUUUAUGUCUGUUCUGUUUUGUCUGCACAGCUCCUCUUUCCUGGUUGAACAGUUAAAAGUUCAGUUCAGGGAUCCUUGUAUUGAUCUGGGCAAAUUGGUGUUUUAUUACCUUCUAGCACAAAAACAUGUGGGUCUUCUCGGGACACAGAAGCGUGUCCGAUGUUAUGUACUGUAUACUUACUGAGUACUUUAAGGAAAGUGCUUCUUCUCACUUUCUUGUUAUAAGUUCUCUUAAAUGGUCACCUUGAUACACAUUGGAAAAGACUUACUUUGUCUUUAGCGAAACGCAGAUUACUAAAAAAGAAACUACAGUUUGUUGAAAACUUUCUACCAGUAUGCCUCAAAUCAAUAUCAUGAUAUAUUGAUCAGUUCACCUUGAUAACGAUAAAUGGACGAUAACUACUCCACAAGCUGCUCACCCCCUCCCACACCGCUCUAGCCGCUACAACUGUUGGACCGUCCUCCAUCUCCUCAUCUGUCUUUCCCUCUUUGUUACGCACUAAUUGGGGUGGAGUCACGACUCCAAUGUAGGACAGCAUCUUAAAGGGACAUGAGGGAUGUCCUAUCGUGGCCUAUGACACAGAAUAUAUUGACAUUGGCAAAAUGACGUUGGUCAUUGUCGUAAAUUUCAGUAUCUGCAAAUUUUCGGUUUAUCGCCCAGCCCUAUAAGGGACGCACAAGUGUACAUGAUUCGACUUUAAUGAGCUGAUACUACAUGUGAGAUAACUAUUGAUGCAUUAUUUUACAUUGUUGUGAAAAAGUGUAAUUUAUACUGAGCUGAGGGUCAGAGAAACUAAGAUUAGAGAGCAAAGAUACUUUGUGAAUACAUGUAGAUAGAUCAGACGGAGCAGGUAGGGAUUUUAUUUUUGUCCAAAAUCGUGCAGCCCUACUCUCCAGGUGUGUUUUGAUUGAUUUUUGCAAAUUAGGGAGACAUAUUAUUCAAACAACAGUUUAGAUGUUAUCAUAGUUGACGUCUGUCUUCACCGUUCAAACCUGUCGACCCAUUGCUGGGUUCCUCUUCCUCCAGAGCUGCUGCUGGCCCGUGGGUAUAUUCUGCUUUGAUUCAGUAAGGGGAUGGAUUAACCCUCAGAAAUAACACUGCUUUAUUAAAUCACAGCCCUUCCUCUGACCCCUCUGUCCCUCUGCAGCGUCAGGUUUGCUUAGCAGGCCCCCUCUGAGCCCCACCGCCCUGAUCUGGGGCCCCAUAUAAACUGGUGGUGAGGUCUUUGUGCAGCUCUCUGGGCUCAUUACAGGCUCAGACUCCACUGGAGCAUCUCACUGUGUGUAUGUUGGCGACAGAGGAGGGGGUGGGGAGAUUCAUGGAAAUAGGAGGCAGUGCAUGGCGAGAUGAAGAAGGAGCUAAUGUAUACAACCAUAAAUAAAAAGAAAUUUAAGAUAUCGUGUCUGCACAUCAGCGUCUUUAACAUUUUGCUGACGUGCGAGACAAACUCAUCUUUUACAAUUUGAUUUUAAAGCUGGAAACUCAGUAUGUCUGCUUUGAUUUCAACCACGCAGCCACCAGUUUGUCUGUAAUUUAAAGCAUCAUUCUAAGGAACAUAUUGUAACUUCUCAGAGAUAUUGGAAAAACCACCAUGUAGAGGUGUUUUCAAGCCAAUUGCUGUUUGAAUCCAGAGGCUGAUGUUUACAAUCACCUUCAAUUCGUCAUUUCGAAUCGAAACAAAUUGGAAAUGAGUUUUUUUAUAAAACGCACAGCGAGUGAUCAAUCUGACUGAGUCACACUAAGCAAAUCUACAUGAACCUAUAAACGGAAAAUUGUGUUUUCAGACAGGAAGCAAAUCUCUCCAGACACAAAAUAGGAAAAAAAAAUAGAGCUGGAAAGUAAAGUGGAAAUGUCUGCAGUUAAACCUCCUCUCACUCUGCUCUUGUCCUCUGCCAGAUCCUGUUCAAGUUUCCUUCACUUAUACUUUGUUGAAUUAGGAUAAUUAACUCUCCUGACACACUAUGCAAAGUAAUCAAAUCUGCACGUUGGCAGUAUGUGAAUUAGUUUAAAAUUCUGAUUGGGUGUGCUCUUUCUCUCUUUCUCAGCCUCCCUCACACCAUACCUUACACCCCCUGAGGUUGGCAUUUACCCAUGAUUUUAAUGAGAUGGGCUAUAGCAAAGAUGAACUUAUCUAAUUCAUUCAGAGCAGGGGGAAUCUUCAGCUGACUGACGCUGCCAGCGAGAGACACACACUUUAAUCAGAGAGACACUGGAGACACAUAAAACCGGCACAUGAGCUCACCGGGAGGCGUGAACAUGCACUAUUUUAUUUGUUCAUGUACGUACAUGCCCCAAAAAACAGACCCGAAAAACAUACAGCAUUUGGAAAGACCGAGUAGAAAAUAGUGAUGGGCACGGCAAUGAUAGGAUGCUGUGGGAUAAUGCAGUACUUGUUACAUGCUGUGUCCUAUUGUAUGCAAGUUGUUGUGGUGGCAAUUUAGCAGUAACAAAAAAAAGAUAGUUUUGUCCGACAGAAAUGAUUCCAGAGAGUGAAGUUCAAUGAGUGAUUUGUUCACCAAGUGAUUCAGGUGUCGGUGCAUGUGGUCCCUCAGUCACCGGCUUCAGCUCAACUGAAGUGAGAAAUGAAGGAAUCACUCGAGGAAGUGAUUCGGUUCUGUACUUUCACUUAAAAGAUUCAGUUCUUUUGAAUGGAUCGUUUCUUGAACGACACAACACUAGUAGAAAACAAACAUCAUAUUUUAUUGGUGCUGAACUCUUGACACGGAUUUAAAUAACUUACAGUUGCAUGAAAGAAUCCAUUAAAAUUACUGAUUUGUACAUUAAAUUGAUAUAAUUGAUAUGAAAAUAAGAGGGUAGUAUUGUCCUGGAGUCAGAUAUGCUUAUCUCACUUUCAUUAGCUGCAUGUAAAUAUUGUUAGCAGUCAUUACUUUCCUGUAAAUACUUGCAGUUGAAAGUUGAAAUGCAAUCACUCUAAGAGGCUAAAGCAGAAGAACUACCGUGUCUGCUGUGCAAAAUGAUGAUUAUGAUGAUUAUUACUUCAUAAAAAUGCAAUCAUUUCCAUGAAGUAAUAAUGUCAAUUUUUCUUCCUUGAGCUGCGAAACUCCGCUGCACUUGGUGAUUGACUUAUCAGGGCUCCCCCACAAACAAGCGGCUGCUAGAGGAGAGUGGGUCAGAUGUGUUUAGUCUCUUUGGUAAAGAAAUUCGGCAAAGCUAAAAAGAUGUUUGGUGGCUAGUACUAUGGCUGGGACCCUAUAUGUACUGUUGAUGAAGUUAGGUGCUGUUCUGAGCAUUAUUUGUGGCUAUAGAGUGGAGACGUAGACCGCUGUGUAUUGCUAUUGUGUGGUCUUUACUAAAAUUGGUAUAACUAGAGAAGAAAGAAGUCGGCAUUAUUCAUCUCUCUAAGGGGGUGUCUAACUUGAUGUUACCGUGUGUUUGACCAUGACUUAAACUUACACCGGAGUAUACCUUUAGGAAACAAUUUUUUUCUCACAUUUUCCUCAGUGAAUGUUGUGAUAAGCCCACAAAUAGAAGAGAGUGAUAUUUUAAGUUAAAUAAAAAUUAUCUACGCUUUACCGAACAAAUCACCAAGUACAGAGGACAUACCACAUGGUCUGUAAGGACUCCUUAAAUGACAAAAAUAUCUAGACCACAUACUUUGUAAUUGGCAUUUAAAUCAGAUAAUCAAAUGAAUGAGUGUUUUCCCUGAUCGACCCUGAUUUAAUGAUUUAAAACAGCAAGUCCUUUAUAGCCCUUAAGGUUAUUUAUGAUCUUGUUUUGGCGCGGGACAUCUUCCCUUGUUGGUGGCGUAACAUCGGGACAUUCUUCUCCUGACAUGGUUUACAGAGCCAACAGCAUGCCUCCGAGGUCGUUGACUGGCCAAUAACAUUCCUGCAGCUCCCACGGCAACCGGCAUCGAGAGGAAGAGGGGCUGGCAUUUAGCUUGAGAGCUUUGUUUGACAGGCCAAGGGUACUUUUGACUGAGAGGCAUGCUAAUGCUGGAAGAAUACCUGCCCUUUGGUUUUCUCAUUGGGUUAGGCGUAUUCACAAGCAUAUUCACCAGUCAGCACAAUGGAGGGUAUCGGCGAGACGCAGCUAUAAAACCCCAACUUUUGUUUUGGCAGAUCGGGCCGACUGGAGAACUGGUGAAGAACGAGCUUUUCAAACGGUGGUUAAGUGAAUUGUGUCAAACUGAAAUGGCUGAAAAACUUCUGGUCAGGAUUUGUGAGGUUCAAUGUAAAGACUUAAGUGGGAAAAGCUUGGUGGCAGAUUCUGCAGAAGAGGCAGAGAAACGCCUCAUACACACACUUUCACACACACAGACGCUGAGUACAAAAGUAGUUUCACUGGCUGCCAGAUAAGCUAAAGUAAUAACAGUGCCAUCUCAGCUAAUUUUAGCUCUGUAUUGAAUGUGCCGCCACUGGUAUUCAUGGCAACAUUUCUGGCUGAGCUUAGCUGUGUGUGUUCGCUCUCUCUCUCUCUCUUUCUCUCUCUUUCUACCCGUCUCAUUUUUUCCUAUUCUCUUUUCUUUCUCUCAACUUGUACUUCCUGUCUCUCUCUCCUCUCUGUGUUAUUCAUCCUUUUCCACCUCCCCUUCAAUUCCCGUCUCUCUCUCUCUCUCUCUCUCUCUCUCUCUGUCUCUAUUUCAUUCACCACAAUCUCAUCCGAUUUGUUAUGUGGGGGUCACAUAGCUAAUGCCUGACAUUUCUAAUCUGGGAAACACCAAUGCGAUCAUUUCCACAUCGCUCUUUGGAGAAAAGAAAAGCCUCUUUGGAAAGUAAAUAUCGCCUUUUACCUGCUAUGAUUGGUGUUUUCCCCAGCUUAUUCAGCUCUGCAGUUUGUGCAGCAAGAAAACACCGACUUAAACUCAGGCUUACAUAACAAAGAGUAAUGACUGCUAAGAAUAGUGCUUGAGAUAUUACCACCUACAGCUUAGCUUACCUUUUUUUUCCCUCUCCCGACUUUCUAUGAACAACUUUUAAAGAAACUUUUGUUUUGCUGUCACACAGGAGUCGACUUUGAUGUAACCUGCGACUCCUUCCCGUCCCGUGUUGUCGCAAAGCCGCCACUUGUCACAAUAAUGUAAGCGUUUUCAUUUCCCCUGCCCAGUCUUCUGACCUACCCUGCCAUAUUGAGAUUGACCACAUCCAUUUUGAAUGGCCAUGGUCCAGCAACAAGGAAGCAGUUGGCUACCCAGUGGUACAAACAUCAAUGCUUUGGCACGGGAACAAAUGGACAGAAGCUCAUUUCCAUGAAACAUUACGUAUGCAAGUUGACACAUACUUCAAAGCUGGAGCUGGUACAGAAUGAUUACUCACAGCUUGAUACAUGCUCUCAGACUACACAUCCCCCCGUAUCUUUAGUUUCUCCGCUAAUGCUCAUAUUCCCACAGUACAUUCAGCUGAUGCUGCACGUGUAAAUUGAGCAAGUAAACAAGAGGAAUUCUCAGGGGGAAACUUUCAUCGAGCAUUUAAAUGCAUGAGGGUCAUAUGAGGUGGGUUUGAGUGCAGAUAGCUACAUACACAAAAUAAACAACUGGCAGGCAUGAAACAAAGACGAAGCCGAACUCAGAAACAGGUUUAGUCUUACUGGAAUAACAGGGACAUCUCAUAGCAAGGUGCAGUUUGUAAAUGUUUUGAUUAAGAAUAUGGAGAUAAGGUCAGUAUCGGCAGUGUAGGGCCGCACGACUUUGACCAAAAAUAAAAUCUAGAUUUUUUUUCUCUGGAAACUUGAUUUUCGAGUUUUUAUUCAGUGACAACUUCACCAAACUUCACUUCAAUAAUAAGUUUUUCUAUCAUCUCUCAAAACAAAACCACUGAAAAGGAUCUAGUGCAUAUGCCAAGCCAAUAAGUACCGCUGCACAAAAUGACAGGAAAUGCACAAAUGAGGUUGUUUUGGUCGGACACGUGCAGGCGCCAUAAAAGAGUCACACUGUGUGUCACAUUAUCGUUUCAAGAGAGGCAGAUGGGCAUCCAAACGGAGACGUUGACGGAUUUAUGCACUCUCUGACCCGUUUUUAAAAAAGUACUGUUUACAGUCAUUCGUAAUGCUGUUGCCGUGUGGAUGAAACGCCGCUAAGACAAAAAACAUAAGCAUUUACUCCUAAUUCAUUUCCAUGUGGACGGGUUGAAGUUACCACCUUCAGACAGUCUUUGCAGCGGGGAGUGGUUUGCCCUUCAUCUGAAACUGUGAAGUCGUACCAAUUCCACACGACUGACUUGCUCUUGUCCUAUUUAACCACAAAAUGAUUGCCCUCUUUUGCAAACGCCAUGUUUGUUUACACUGGUGUGUUUGGGAACUGGGGAGCCUAUGGUAGCCUAGAGGUGCAAGACAUGAUAGGGAGAAAAAUCGAUUUGACGAUUUAAAUUUUUUUAACAUAAUCAUAAUUAAAUUAUCUGAUUACAAUUUAAAAUCAAUUAAUCGUGCAGCCCUACAACAGUGUUAGCUUCACAUGAUCAGAGUAUUGGCAGUGCAAAUCAAUUUUACUGUUUACCUGUUUAUAUACAAUUACAAGGCCUACAAUCCAAUAACUUGAAUUAAAGGCCUCAGAAUGUCUAGAAUCUCUUAAAAAGUCCUUAAAUAUGAUUUUCAAGACUGAGGUCGACAGCACACUGAUUCACAAUUUCAGAGACAAAAGAAGCUAUGUUAGAGAUUUGAAUAGAUGCAAAUAAACUGCGUUAAAGUGUUGGGAAGUUUCAGUCUAUAAGCUGAAACUGAUAGAACUUCCCGAAGCUCAGACACAUUCAUGGUUGUUUGUGUGCUUACACUUGGUGGCUUGAGAGCAUUUGUUUGUGUCGAACCCAGACUGUGUGUGUUUGUGUUGUAAAUGUUUGCCCCAGGAAACCAGUCUGGUUGACUGUACAUGAAAAAGGAUGCUGUGAAACCAGCAAAGAGGGAGAGGGAGUGACUGAUUGACAGAGGAAAGGAGAAGAGGGGAGAGAGAAAGAAAGAGAGAGAGAGAGGCAGAAAACUUUAUCAAAAGUUCUUUUCCAAAAUGAUUCUUUAUAGAUUUGAGAGGAGACCUGAGAAGGCUAAAGGCUUUCGGCUGAAAAAACAGACCGAACUGAGAAGCAGUGACCUCUGGUAAAUGGGUAGACCUGGCUGGGAUGAUAGUCCAAGGAGAAUAUUUUUGAGAACUGUAAGAGUCUUCAGAAGAAGAGCCGGCAGAGACAGUGAAUCCUCUGCUGACUCAGAGAAGCUACUGUAUGUUUACAGUUACCAGCAUUAAGGUCGCGCCCUCAGGAGCAGCAAUUUAAGUCUCCUCCAGACACGCUCUGUAAUCCCUAAAUGCUCUGCUGCUUUUAAAAUGCUUGCAUCAUGUUGGAGAGGGAAAAAUAAACUGUCCGACAACAGUUUUCAACAUGUUCUCUUACUCAAGAUCACGUAACAUUUCUGCAACAUUUGGAGUGAAUGAAAGUACUUUGCAAUUUAAAAAGCAAACAGUUUGAGGACCGAGCUGGAGCCAAAGUGGGCGAAGUGGGUGUCAGGAUUUACUGUGCAGUGUGAAUUUGGGAUUGUAUCUCAGAUAAAGGUCACAAUAAUUCACUUUUUUUAAACCUCGUAAAGUCAGUUCAAGCUUCCACACUGGCUACGAACUUCUGGAGAGCGAAAAAGCAGCUAAUUUUUUUGCCCCCUGUAGCAAAUUUUAUGAACAUUCACUUUCAAACGGCUCUAUAAAUCUUCAGCCUAAUAUAAAUCUUACCUCAGACGUGGUGAGCUGUUGCACUGGAUCGAUCAUCUCUCUGUAAUUUGUCCUCUCUUUCUGCAAACGUGGAGUCAGCUGAUGGAGCAGUUCCUUGAAAUUGUCCGAGGGAUAUUCUGAAGUAUUGUCAGAAUUUCUCGGGACACAAUUUGAGCUCCUAGAUCGUUGUGUAGAACUCCCCCAUCUCCUGUCGUAAGGUCAGUUUUAGCUGUACCCAGACACUUCGAUUCUUCUUUUCUUUUGUUAUUUCAUCAGCUUACAACCAUGACCAGGUCAUCAUCACUUGAGGAAGUAGUCGCCGUUGUUUCUCCUUCUUCUCUCACCCCCUCUGUUCUCCCAUGACGUAUUUUUAUGCGAAUAUGUGAAUUUUGUUCGCGUCGCAUCAGGUAUGUGUAGGAAAAGGCGUAAGCCGAAUAUUUUACAUUUUCACGUCGCUUUGGUUAUUCGCUGGUGUGCAAUGACCUCAAGACUGGAAGUUUUCAUUAAAAGCUAAAUGACACGCUUUGAUUUUGAAAGUGUGGUGUGAAAUGGGGCGGCAGUAGCUCAGGCGGUAGAGCAGUCGUCCAACAACCGGUAGGUUUGCAGUUCGAUUCCCCCCGAUCCCGAGUCUCUCCAUUGUGUCCUUGGGCAAGACACUUCACCCACCUUGUUCCCAGUGUGUGUCCUCCACUGGUGUAUGAUUGUGAGUGUUGUGUGGUGGUCGGAGAGGUUGUAGGAGCAAACUGGCAGCCAUGUUUCUUCGUUUGUUCCAGGACAGCUGUGAGUACCAAGGUAGUUUACCACCACCAGGAUGUGACUGUGUGAGCGAAUGAGUGAUGUAUCCAAUGGAAAGCGUUUUGAGGGUCUCUGAUAAAGCGCUACAUGAAAUCUGAUGCAUUAUUAUUAUUAUUUUGCUCUGCUGGUUGACAAGUGAACAGUGUAACCUCGCUCUUCAUGAGCUUCUCCUCUCUGGUCAGAGGUCACUUAAAUCUGUGGCAGCUCUGUCCUUCAAACAUUGAACACGAUCCUUUUAAUCAGCAGAGAGCAGCGUGAGGAACUCAAAUUCACCGUUAACAAACAGAACUACAGACUGAAUGUCUAAACGUAGAGAGUAGGUGUGUUUGGGUGGCUCUGAAUGUUUCCUAAAGAUAUUUCCAAACUUACCGUCGUGUCGACCCUCAUUUUUAAAUCACUGAGUCACUCUGCCACCUCCUGAUAGAAGACAGGAACACAAAUCUGAUUUAGUAAGCUGUUUAUAGUGUCAUAAAACCAUAAAAAGGAAAGAGCCACUUCUCGGUCUGAGAUAUGAUGUACUCGAUGUUUUAACAAAUAAGCGUGUGGCUGCCUGCCUGCCGGACUGGCGAGCACGGAGCUCUAUUUCGGGGGCCAGUGGAAGCCCCCUCUCUCACUCCUGAUGCCUUGUCGUCUGCGGCUCUUCAGCUCGCCCUCUGGCUACACGCCUCUUGUACUGUGCGAGAAGAGCACUUCACACAUCCCCAGUGAAACCAGAGCCCUGCCUUCAGCCUUCGGCCUCAUGCCUUGCCAUGUCCUCUGGGCUAUUUUUACUCCAAGCUGUGGCUACUUCUGCCAAAGUCAGACCACAGCCUGCUGGACUGGAGCUGAGGCCAUGUGUGUACUUCUUGUUGUGUGCUCAAUGCAGAUGUGUUUGUAGGUGUACAUGCGUGCUGAAAAAACAACAAUGCAUUUAAAAGAGGAUGUAUGCAGAGUGAAACUGGGAGUUUUGCCAAAGUGUUAGCACAAAUUAAUUUAUAAGACUAGAUCAGACAAACAUUUCAUUCUAGAGAACCAUGACCAUGAAAGCCGGGGCGAUGAUCAGCCACCCUGGUACCUCUCCAGCGAGGAAGCUUUGGUACCAGGCUCUCUUUCUCCUUCCCUGUCCUCUGCCUCUGAUGUUGCUAUCUAAUAAAAAAUUAAAUCUGUGGUGCUGCAGUCACAAAUACGGAUGGGGGUGUUUUAGUUUCAGGGAAAUAAAACCACCAGAGGCUGUACUUUUAAAGAAGUUAUGAUGUAACCUUUUCUCUUUAAAAAUUUGGAAGCUUCUGAUGCUUUUCAUACUUAUUAAAGUGGAACAGAAAUUUUGUUUAAAGCGUGUGUGUCAGCAGUUUUGAUUCUAAAUAAAGUGCUAAGUGUGAUUUGAUCUCUAUCUGAUUUUUUUAUUACCCCUUAAAACCAAUGCCAUGCUCUCUACCCUCUGUUCUGUAUGUCGUCAAUCAUACAGAGAACUGUACAUUCAGUCCUGAUGAGAUCAUCUCUGAAUUGACUCCUGUUGUCAUGACAACACAAGCAUUACUUUUUCCCAGUGAGCAUUAAUUGCAGCAAUGGAUCAAAUACAAUUAAUUGGAGUGUCUGUGCUAAUGUUAGCCACACUCUGCAAACUUGAUCUGAUGUAGUUGACCUGAAGGACCUCUUAUCCUGUGUUAGGCAGGGUUGAGUAAAUUGUGUCCAAUUUUGAUGUUUUCACGAGUGUUUUCUUACCCCUGGAUGAGCAGAUUUACCAAGAGAGAAAUUUCCAUUGGAUGGGCGAUAUGGGCUAAAAAAUUUAUCACAAUAAGAUUUUUCAUUCUGGCGAUAACGCCAAAAGUCCUGAUGAAAAAUAAUAUAAUUCCAAUUAGGGCUGGGCGAUAAAACGAUAACAAUAACGAUAUUAAUCGAAACUUAAUUUCCCUCAAUAUCAAUAUAAAAUAUGGUCACAAAGACCUCACAGAUGCAGGAGAUUAUUGUAUUGCAAAAGACAUGCAACCAAUAAACACUGUAAAAUUUCAUUUUUUAUAUCGUGAUAUAUAUCGAUAUUGACUGACAGAAAUGACCAAGAAGGCUCAGCAGAUGACGACAUCGUUGACAAGUACUUCCAAUCUAUAUUAUUGACUAAUUUUGUCUUGAGAACACCAGUUGGAGUAGUCAAAUGAAAUACUCAACCACAAGUUUGAGCGGUAGGUUAUGAAGAAAACGAAUGACAUCAAAAAAGUCUCAAAUGUAAAAACAUUUUCAACAUUUGUUGAAAACAGCAGCAGAUCCACUGUCUGAUGUCAGGCAGUUCCGGAAUAAGUGGCUUGGAAACAUGUAUGCUUUAUUUUCCAACUUCUUUUAGAGUGUGUGAAGCAACUGAUUGCUCAUAACUUUUAAAACAGUGGUCCAUUUUAACUUUAGCUUUGCAUCAACAAGUGGGGCGAUCUACCUCUCUGUCUCUGAUUCUCUGAUCACCUGCAGCAGAGCGUGUCUAAGGCUCAGCAGAUCGCUGGACCCAGAGGACAGAGCACAACAAGAGUUUUUUUUUUGUUCGUUUAUUGCGGACGGUAAUCUCGUACUGAUAUAAAUAAAAAUGUAAAAAUGCUCAGUCAGUAUUCUUGGAGGACUGAAAAUAUACUCGUUCGGCCCACAGGGAUGGUCAGUGUGUGGGAGACACUUGCCUCUUACGCCCUGCAACUCUGCAACAGCACUGGAACGGAGUAUGACUUUGUAUUUACACAACGCGCCCUGAAACGGUUAGUGUCUCAGUGUGAUUACACAUCUUUUAGCUGCACUGCAGAAGCGCAAGAGGGUACCUGCCCUCUGCCUCCACCUCGAUACAUCACCGGUCUUUGGCCCAUCCUGCCUCUGGUACUUCCUCUGACUAUUUCGCCCCUUUGCGUCAGGUAGUAGUGGAGGUAAAUAUCUCACCUUGACAAAAGCGGUGUGUAAGUUCUCUCUGAUCUACUCCUGUAAGUCUUACUGUCUCGGUUUACGUGAUGAAGAGGAUUUGCCUCUGUUGCUUUUGUUAGGAAACUUUUUUCUUGCACGAUCAGCUCGGUACAGCGGCGGGGAAAUCUUUGGUGACAGAUUUUUUUUUGCAGAUUCUCUUUCAAGCUGUUCUUAAGUGCUGCUACAGUUUUUCAACUCCUCUGUGAACCUGAAGGCUUCAUCCUCAUAUCCAAAAUUCCUCUCCUCCUCCUCCUUCUCCUCCUCUGCCUCUUUUACUUCUUCCGCCUGUCCUCUUUAUCUAAUUUUCUCUUUUUCUCUCGCACUUUUUCGUUCUGCUUCAGUGAAAUACAUCAAGGAGAUGUCAGCCUUCUUUAAGAGCUCGGGGUCCCCUGGUGCCGGCCUCCCCUGGGAGUCUCCCCCCUCCACACCCCAGAGGGGCACCGAGCCCUCGCCUGCUGAAGUGAAGGAGCCCCGCAGCAUCCCGCUGAAGAUGUGCCAGGUGACACGAAAACAGUGCCCUCCAGACACAGAAAACAGGUACUUCUCUGAAGGGUUCUCGGCUCUCUUCUAUGAAUCACAGGUUUAUGAUUGAUCAAUUUUCGAUGAAAUGAAAAAUCUAAAGGAGUCGGACCUGAAAAUAGAAAACGACUUACAGAGAAUAAUGGAAUAGACCGUCUUGCUUACAUAUUCUCUUUGUUAGCGUCUGAAACUUCCUCUCCAGCCUCAAGCUUUUCUCUCUUUGCUGUUUGUCCUUCAUUUCUCUAACUGCCCCUCUUUUUCUUCUUCUUCCUCUCUCCUCCUCUCAUCUGUUCUUCCAGGUAUUUUGAGGUGAUUUCAUCCAACAGAAAGAACUCUGUGUUCCUGCGGGCGAAAGAUCCAGCCAUGGCCCAGUCCUGGUACAACGCCAUCCAGGCGGGCGCUGCCAACCUUCUACCGAGAGUGAAGGAGGAGUUGAAGAGCAUGCAGCCAGGUGUGGAGGUCAAACAUCUGGGCUGGAUAACAGAGCAGGUAUGCAGGGAUAUGAACAAACACGAUAGACCUUCUUCAUAGUGGCUCUUUAAUCUCAUAACUCUGAAGAUACUGUUUGUUCAUAAAGUUUAUUAUUUUUUGUAAAAGGGCAAAACUUAAAUACAGAACACACAAACACAGACAGAAGUGUGUGCAGUGGGCCAAACUUGUGGUUGUGGUUUUGUUUCCUGAACCAUUUAUUCCACUAAAAUGCUGUCACAGCAACUGUACUAAUGUAGAGACAUAACACUGAGUGUCUAACAGGGUUUCUGCAGGGUCUGAAAAAGUCUUAAAACAUCUAAAGUCCAAUAAUUUGAAUUUAAGGCCUUAAAGUGUCUAAAAGUCUCUUAAAAUCUCAUAAAAUGUCUUAUUUACGAUUUUAAAAGGUCUUAAAAAUGUUAAAAAAAACUAGAUAACAAGCCAUAGGAAUAUAGAUUUCUUUAUAGUAGGGCUGCACAAUUAAUCAAUUUUUAAUUGUAAUCAGAUUAUUUGAUUAUGACGAUCAAAAAAUAUAAAUCAUCAAAUCGAUUUUCCUCUCUAUUAUGUCUCGCGCCGCCAGGCCACCGUAGGCUUCCCCUUCCUGUAAGAGCGCUCCCCAGUGUAAACAAACAUGGCGUUUGCAAAAGAAGGUGAUAAUUUCGUGGCUAAAUAGGACAAGAGCGAGUCAGUCGUGUUGAAUUAGUACGGCUUGACAGUUUCAGACGAAGAGCAAACCACUUAACGCUGCAAAGUCUGUCUAUAGGCAGUAUCAACCCAUCCACACGGAAACUUUCAGAAGUAAACACAAAAGUUUUUAGUCGUAUCGGCGUUUCAUCCACACAGAAGCGGCGUUUCGGGUGACUGUAAACUGUACUUUUUGAAAACAUGUCAGAGAGUGGAUAAAUCCAUAAAUGACGACCAUUUCAUCUCUGUGUGGAUGUGGAUCUGCAUCUCUGGAAACGAUCAUGUGACACACAGCGAAACUCUUUUAUGGUGCCUGUGCGUGCCCGGCCAAAAACACUUUAUAUGCAUGCUCUGUACUCUUCUUCUGUCUUUUUUAUAUCAUUUUCAGUGGUUUCGUUUUUCAAAGAAACUUUAAUUUUAAAGUGAAGUUUGGUGAAGUUGUUGCUGAAUAAAAAAUUUAAUCUAAAAUCGAGUUUUCAGAGAAAAAAGUUAUGGAUUUUAUUUUUGGGAACAAUCGUGCAGCCCUAUUUUGAAAUAAUUUUAAAUGUUCUGAUUUCCCUUCAUGUCUUUUGUACUUUUUUACCAGUAUGGAUGUUAAAUAGGUCUUUAAAAAAGUCUUUAAAAAGUCUUAAAUUUGACUUGUUGAAACCUGCAGAGAUCCUGUCUCAGUCGUACAUGAAUGUUCUCAUGGAAACAGAAAAAUCUGCCCAAUAUUAUCAGCUCAGAUUUAAACACAGUAUUGAGGAUUGUUAACACCACACACAUUAAAGGAUCAUACAUUAAUCCUCAUACCUGUGGUUCUCGUCUGAGAGCUUCUCUUGCACAUACUGUAUUCUCUCAGUCCUGGUCCCUCAGUAACAUCUGAAGUCACUAAAUGAUACAUGCGAUCAGAGAAAACCUCAAGAGUACUCUUCAGUCUGAGAAACUCCACAAUGCCGUAGAGAGACUUCUUCACAAACUCGUCACUUAAAUCCAGAGUUUCUUUGACGUGGGGUUGUUUGAGGUACUUGCUACUAGCGAGUGUGUUACCCACAGAGGACGUCAGUCGUCUUAGCCCCUCUGUUGAGAAACUGGCUGGAGUUCCUGCACAGAAGCAAGGCUAUGGACCACGAGGGUCGACGCUGAAAUAUGGUGAAAUAGAUUUUAAGUGAGAGACUAACUUGAAUUUUAUUGUAGGUGUUAUUUUUGAACAUUUCCCGUGCUUAACUUCAGUCUAUCCAUUUACAGCUUACUUGAGAAUAUGUAGUUCAUUAAGAAACUGGAUUUUAUUCUCUUCUAAAUCUAUUUUUGGGUCUUUUGGGAGAGAGAGAGCAGGGAGUGAGGUGCAGGAAAGAAGCAGGAUCAAACCUGCGCAUAUGGGUCGCACUUAAACCACUCAGCCGUCAACAAACAAGGCCAUUAGUGUAAAGAGGGACAAUUUCUAUGUAGUUAUUUUGAAAGUCUAAAGUCACAGGAGGGGGUUGAUGUUAAAGACAGUGAUAAACUGGAGGUUGAGUGAUACAUAUGAAACAGGAGAAGAUAUGCUGAAGACCUGAUGAAGAGAUAUACAAGGGGAAAUGAAGUAUCUCUUUGUCCACAGGGGGCGCACUAAUACUACUACCAUUUCAUCUCUGUGUAGAUGUCUAUCUUUAUUUCUCUCACAAUGAUUAUGUGACACACAGCGUAUCUCUUUUAUGGUGCCUGCAUGUGUCCGGCCAAGACAACCUUCAUACACAUGCUCCGUACUCUUCUUCUGUCUUUUGUGCAUCUCCUGUGCCUCGUUACAGCGCCUCCUACUGGCUUGGCAUAUGCGCUAAAUCGUUUUCAGUGAUUUUGUUCUGAGAGAUGAUCGAAAAAUUUUAAUAAAGUAAAGUUUGGUGAAGUUCACUGAAUAAAAAAAUCUAAAACCGGGUUUUCAGAGAGAAAAUUUUGGAUUUUAUUUUUGACCAAAAUUGUGCAGCCCUACUGUCAGUAUAUGCCGUCUUCUGUACAGUGUUUAUUAAGCGCUAUAUGAUGCCUUUACAUGAUUUCCUCUUCCUGUGUUCAGGUGACCCAGGGUCCAGAGAAACCAGUGCUGGCCGUGUUGACUGACAAAGACCUGCUCCUCUACCCGACACUGCCUGAAAGCAAAGAGAGCCUCAGCAGCCCCACCAAGAGUCACCCGCUCAUCGCCACCAGGUCCUCACACGAGAGUUCACACCAGUGCACACGCAGCACGACACACACUCCUGCUUUUUGACCAGUUUCCAUUCUCCACCCUGAGCAGCCCAGCUCUGAGCUUUGAACAGCCCUUCCAGUGCGUGUUUUGGCCCAGUCAAAGCACACAUGCUCACUCUUUCCAUAUCUGGAGAGCUGGACGUUUUGGCACAGAAUCUGGAAAAGAUUAGUGGAACCAGAAUCUAUGAGUCAUGUGUUUUCCUCCCUCUUUUCUCUCUGCACUUUCUCACUGUUCUCCUCUCCAACACAUCAACAUCCACACACCCUUUGUUUGCUCUCCUGACACAUGAUUUUUUUGUUUAUUAAUGAGCCUCCUCUUAUCCACGUCCUUCUAACAUGUUCUCACUGUCCUCUCUCAGACUGGUCCACUCCGGUCCAGGAAAGAGCUCUCCUCUUCUGGACUCUGACCUCUCCUUUGGCCUGCGCUCUGGCACAAAGCAAGGCGUGGAGACUCAUGUCUUCAGGGUGGAUUCGGCCAAGGAGCUGUCCACUUGGACUCAUCUGCUGGUGGACGGCUGCCAUAACGCCGCUGAGCUCAUCAAGGAGGUCACCACGGGUACAGAUCUAUAGAUUUGUUUAGUCCCAGUUCAUUUUUUAUUUAUCCCACCCAUGAGUGUGAAAAACUCUGUUCUUCACUGUCAGAAAAUCUCCAGGAAUGUUUGCUGGAAAUAAUAUUUGAUUUUCUUCAAGUGUUGCUCGUCCUUGCCGGAGUGAGCUGAGAAUGAACCAACAAAGGCUCAAGGUUCGCCUCCCACUGAGGUCACCCUUUUUAAAAAUGAAUCAUCUCAUUGUGCCGCACAUCGCUUUGAUAAAUUCACCCAAAGUAAAACAUGAGAGACGGAUCAGUUUAGUACGAGAUAAACAAAAAUAAAUUGAUACAUAAAAAAUGUUAGCGCUUACAUUUUUGUGUUAAAAAUAAUGAGACGAAAACUCAUCAUCUGGAUGUGAAAACGAAGGUGUUUUUGAUUUAAACUUGAUUGACAGGUUGUUUGAGUUACUAAUACAAAGCAAAGAGAAAACUGAGGUGUGUGUUUUAUGCUGCAAACGUUUGUUUAGCACCAGCUUGUCUUAUAUGGUCUGAGCCAGUGGUUCUCAAGUCCAGUCCUCGAGGCCCACUGUCCUGCAUGUUUUGGAUGUCUCCCUGCUCCAACACACCUGAUUCAAAUGAUCAGCUCGUUAUCAAGCUCUGUAAUGGCUUAAUAACGAGCUGAUCAUUUGAAUCAGGUGUGUUGGAGCAGGGAGACAUCCAAAACAUGCAGGAACCACUGGUCUAAGCCAUAAAUGUAUAUGUAUAUAUAUAUAUAUAUAUAUAUAUAUAUAUAUAUAUAUAUAUAUAUAUAUAUGAAGGCUAGAUGGAUUACGCACGCUGUUAGCCAAUGGAGACCGACGUCUAACCAUCGAUAUUCAUAAAUAAACAUUAAGCAGAUAGGUAGAACAAUAGUUAUAGGCCUACAUACUCAUGGCAGUUAUAUUAAAUCAUUUAUAUAUAAAACAUUUAUUAAUUCCAAGUAUGUUAUAUUAGUAAUAUUUCUAUUAUAGGGAUAAAUAAAAUAACAUAUAGCAAAAACAUAUAUAACAUUUUUAUUUUUAAUAUAAAUUUCUGCCUCGUGUUGCCAUUUUAGAUGUUUUUAACAAACCAAACAGUUUCGAAAUCAAGUGCAACUUUAGUUAUGUUGAAACAAAAGAACAUUUCUGCCUCUCCAACUGAUGUUAAAUUACAGGGUCAACUUUGUAAUAUGUACUUGGUCUUACUCACAGCGAGCCUGUUAGCCAAGCUAGACAGCUGAUAAACACAAACACAUCCACAAAGACUGUCACUUACACGAAAAAUAAAGGCUGUCAUACAAGAAAUUAAAAUCUCGAUUGUGGUCUCAGCCUUGAAAACUCGCGCAAAGCUACUCAAAAGUUAGCCCCUUGCGCGCAAAUAGCCGUGAAACAACUGUGCUGCACGAUUAAGUCUUUUUUUUCUUAAAGAAAAUCUGACAUUUCUAUAUAUCCAAGCAUCCCGACUCAACACCAUGUUAUUAAGGUCUGUAAUAAACAAAAACAUUUGUAAAUCUGUCAAGAGUUCAGUGAGUUAAGAGUAUUUUUGAUCAUGCAGAUUACUCACCUUCUGUCAGCUACCAUACAAGGUACACUGGUAUACCGUUUUUAUAAAAAGAGCUCAGGAUGAAGCAGGUCUGCACCCAAAGUUCACCGGCUAUUCUUCAAAUUAGAUUUACGUACCUUCACCGAGCAUCAGCGUCGUGUUAAUAAAAUAUAAACUAUCAAAAUGAGAUCAAAAGUUGUGUUUCCUUUCAUUUGGGUGUAAAAUAAAUCCCCAAAUCCUUGCAGCCUCCUUAGAUAUCCUGAUUUAAUCCACUCUGAUCUGCUGAAGAUCAAAUAUGAUGGCUUUAUAAGUCAGCCACUCUCAAUCCUCUCCACACAGACACACCUCAAAUCUGUUUAAUCGCACAACAAUCAGAGAGGAGACCAUGUGGUUUCUAUUCAGCAGACACAAAAGAUAUGAUAACAAUAGGACUCUCUCUGGAGGUAGAAUUGAUUGUUGCUUUCACAGGGAUUUUGUUUAAUGAAGAAAAAGAGAUUUGUCUGAGCAGCUUUGUUUUGUGAGGUGUGUUGUAAACCCAUGUCUGCUCUCAGGUCAGUUUAUCCUCAAAUUCCCCUGAAAACUUGGUCAUCCUUGGAAAAGCAGGCAUCAGUUCACAGUUAUGUGAUGUUGUAAGGUCGCCCUCUGCUGGUGGAACGAGGUGGUGCAAAAACUUUCAGCCCAAACUCUGGAGCGCUCUAAUUUUAGUACCAGAAUGAGAAUGAGAGUGUCCUAUUUAACAAAGAUUUGGGCCUAAUCUCUUUUUUUAACAAAGAGCAUUAUUCAUUAUUGAAACCAUGUCUUCAUGCUUUCAUCACAAGAACAUCGCAUUCAGCUAAGAAUUCUGGAAUUUGUCCAAACAACAAAACUAGAACAUCGAACUGAUGAUUCCUGUCAGUCACUGCAGUUUUCCUUUAUGUAACCCCCUUUUUUUUCCUCCUCUCUAUCCCUGCAGCCUGUAGCUGGAAUGGGAAGGAGUGCACCCUGGGAGUGCACAUCGACGAGGGCUUCACACUCUUCACAGAGGAGAUGGGCGUGAGGAAAAGCAUCCUGCUCCAGCAGCCCUUCGAGCGUCUAAGAAUGUCCUCCGACGAUGGAGUUCGCAUGAUGUUCCUGGACUUUGGAGGCCCCGAGGCUGAGAUUGUAAGUCAGUGGUUCAGCUAGGCCUGGGCAAAAAAAAAAAGAUCAAGAUAUAUUUUGUCAAAUCAUCCGAUUUCGAUUAUAAUCACGAAUUUUUUGGUAUUUUUUUAAACUGCCAGUUUUAAAGCAUCUGUACUAAAAACUAAACAAACUAGAGAUUAGUUCAACAUUUUUAUUUACAUACAGAGAUACAUACAAGAUGAAAUUUAAUAAGAUAAACAUUUUAACUCAACAAUACAACAAAUGUAAAUAAAUACUGAAAAAUACAGUGAACUAUUUUUCAGUCCUGAGUGUUUUUGCAGGUAUACAAGACCCAAAAUUUUCUAUUUUCUAUUUAUUUGUUUUUAAAAAUGGGAACAGUACAUAUUGAUGAACAUUUACAUGUAAAUAUGUGGGAUUAUAGCCAGAUGGCUAAUUUCCAUCCCCAGUCCCAUUGGCAGGUUGAUGUUAAACAUAAAAGCAAUAAUUUUAAAAGUACAAACAACAUGAUUUAGACGAUAAAACAAUGCACUGACAACAUACACAUAAUAUACAUAAACAUGUACACAGACCAAAAACUAAAUGACCAGUAGUAAGGGAACCAAAAAGACGAAAGGAGAAUUGUAAAGUGCUAAAAGGGUAAUUAAAGUGUCAUGUGCUAAAGGUGUUUAAAGUGCCAUUUGCUACAGUACAGCUUGUUAAAGUGACGAGUGCAUAAGUGCAAAAUUACAUUGAAUUGCACGAUGCACGGUACAGUGCAAGACUGAAUUGAAUUGCACGAUGCCCCUAACACACGAUUGCACUAGCAGAUGUAUCUAAAAUUGCACAUGGUUUGUUUACAUAAAUGUAUUAUGUAAACCCUUUAGUAACAAAUGCCCCCCUCAGGGAUAAUAAAGACGCCUUAAAAGAAAACAUUAGAUGUUCAAAACGUAGAUGUUAUGAUUGAUUGCUGCUUCGGUCUGGUGGCUGCACCUCUACUUGUAGCUAAACUGUUAAUGCUACUUGUGCCAUCAACAGUGGCAGACUGUACAGACUCUGCUCACAUUUCAUGUUUUCCCACAUGAUCCCUGGGAAAGAACUUCUUCAAAUGAUUAAACAGAUCUGUUUUUGAGGGCAAUGACUGCCAACAUACCUUACACAUCGGCUUAAUUGCUCGACGUCAUUUGGAGAUACUCAAACCACCGCCACACAACCGACGUUGAACAACUUUUCUUCUUAACAAUGGCAUCUUUGGAGGAUGACUCAAAGUCACGACUGACAUCUAUUUUGCCGCCCUUAGCUCCACGUUUGGCUCCACGUUCGGUCAUCCUGUUUACUGCUCUGGCAACUUAUAGGAGUGAGCAGUAAAAGCUUGAUACUGAUUGGCUGUUGUCACGCACAUUUCUGCUAUGUUUGAUCGAGUAAAUACACUCCCAGCUGAUCACCGUGAUCGAACUAAAAUUUAUCACGAUCAUUAAUCACGAUCAUGUAAUCGCCCAGUUUUAGAUUCAGCUAUUCAACUGGAGUAACAUCAGCUUUAAAAACAAAUGAAGUAAAAAAAUAUGAUUUUCAUUUACUGAAUUUUAAUCCAAACUUCAUGACCCUUCUAACUGGCGGUUUGCAUACUCGUCAUGGGGAAGCUGCAUCCUAUUCUUCCAAAUUGUAUGAUUUACGUCUUGUAGUUAUCAUAUUCUUAUUUGUAUUAGUUUGUAUCAUAUCGUGACUUACUGUGUGUUUUUCCUUUCUAUCUGGCUCUCUCUUUUUCAGCAACUGGACCUUCACUGUUGCCCCAAGACCAUAGUCUUCAUCAUUCACUCUUUCCUGUCUGCUAAAGUCAAGCGGCUCGGCCUCUUGGCAUGAUAACAGAGGGCCAUCCGGAAACAUCAACAAUAGGAAUAUUCAAUAUAACACAGACCAGAAGACUCUGAACCAUCAGAGGACACGGCCCAGACCCUGACAUCGACUAACCCCUUCUCUUCUCUAAACGUAUCGUCUCUGAUCGAACAUCUCCCGCUGUUUUUUUAGGGAAACGAAGAGAAAAACUACAAUGCUGUUGGAACUUGAGUGAACUUGUUAAAGGGUUAAAGAUUUUUACAGAUGGCUCGAGUCAGAGGCCAUUUAAAGGAUCAGAAAUCUGUGAAAUCUGUAACAGCAGGUCAUGACAUUUAGUGACGGUGAGCUGUGUGAAUAUGACAGUCUGCAUCUUAAUGUUUCAAAGCUUGAAGUCUCAAUCAUUUCUUGUUUUUUUUGUCUUUUUUUUGUUUUGCCCCAUUGUUCGGUUUUGUUUGGUUAUGUGAGUCACAGCAGGCCUUUGUCACGAGCAUCCUUUUCAUCUCUCAGUCGUGAGCAGUCAACAAAAGUUAUGUCACAGAUGUCCUGAUUGAUGUCGGACAGACAUCUUUAUGAUGAAGGCAGCUUCAGAGAGCGAUCAAUCGUCUGUACUCCAGAAUGUACAGUAUGAGCUACACAUUUAUCUCUUUAUGAGGACGCUUCAGAUUAUUUUACUCUGAUUUUUUAAUAAAGAUUAUGUAGACUAACAACUACCAAAUGCCAAAUCUUAUCUAUAUUUUUAUUAAAGUUAAAAAACUAUUUUUCAUUCUCCAUAGUGUCUCCUAAUCCACUGCCUAACAAAAGAAGAGGACUUGUAUUACAGACGUUUUAGUGUAACCAGGUGAACAGAAUCUCGUUAAUCUGCUAAUGAAAAAGACUUUUAUUUAAAUCUGGAUUAUUUUAGAGUUUCGUUUAUUUUAAGAAGAGUAACCAGAACAAGAUCUCCUUUUUUCUUUUAUCAUAUUGACAAAGACUGUUUCAUAAUCAUGCAUCACUUAAAGGUAGUUUGCUCUAAACUGCCCCUCCAGCUACAGAGGAUUUAAUCUUUAUAUAUUUUAGUUUGCCAAGAUCAAAUGUUAAUUUGUUUACAUCA